AUGUAUUUGGAUUUUCGAACCCAACACUCUAGAUUGUUGUGUUGUUCCAGCGCGGACGGUAACUACGAGGUGACCCUUAUGACAAAGGCGACUGUUUUCUUUACGGGGCUUGUAUUAUGGCAGCCGCCGGCCGUCUACAAGUCCUCGUGCUCCAUCGACGUCGAGUUCUUCCCCUAUGAUGUCCAAACUUGCGUACUGAAACUAGGAAGUUGGACAUAUGACGGGUUCAAGGUGACUGCCACUGUGCGGGACAAACAACGCAUACCUACCUACCGCUUGUUCGACCGCACAAUAAAAUAACGAUAAAACGAUAUUGUAUUAAUAUAUACCUAUAUAGUAAUAUAAUAUGUUUUAGUUUAUUAUAAUAUAUCGUAUACGUGUGGAUGUGACUAAUUCCAGACAUUAAAAAAAAAAAAUAACACUACUUAGGAAUUUACUACUGAAAUUAACUCAGAGUGUCUUUAAACUCCCCUAUAUUUGUGCUAAUGCGUACAUGUCACGGAUAAAUACGUCUACAUUUUUAAUAAAACGAGGUUAAACGUUUCGAGUGAUCCGAAAUUUGCCGAUUGACGUUAUAUUUCAAACACUUUUUACUGUUCAAGUUGUUAAUAUUGUAAUAUUUUUGUCAUAAUUGUUGACUGAAAAUUUUUAAAUGAUUCCAAAAUAUAUAAUAAUAUUGUAACCUUUAAAUGCACAAAUUUGUAUUUAAUGCGGACAAUAAUAUUUUGAACAUGAAAUUUCCCUGAAAAUAACGGUCGAAAUAAUAAAAACAAUCGCAGCCAAAUUCUUUGGACUUUAUACGAGCUUUAAUCUUAAUUUAAACAAAAUCCUAACUAAACACGAUCAAAAUGUUUCGUUACAACUUAAUAUUGAACAAAAAUGAGUGGUCAUACUAGGUUUACGACUCGUGCUUAAUGAAUAGGUGACGUUGAAAGUAACCAAAUGUAUAUCAUUGCCCCGUCGCCUUGUGUAUCGGAAGUUCAGACUUUAGAACGAAAAAACAAAAAUAAAAAUCUAUCAGCUGAUUUAGUAUCAUUUGUAUAUUGUUCUAUGGUUAUACCGAACACUGCGUAUAUUGUAUUUAAUUUACAAAAUAUUAUCAGAUCUGAAACGAAAAAUAUACGCACGACUCUUGUACGAGUUAUGUGACAUUUCUGUUUUUUUUUUUUUUUUUUUUUUUAGUGAGAAAAGUAACGUUAAUCGGUCAACAAAAAUAAAAUAAUCAACAAUGAUUGUUUUUUUACAAACUGUUUUUCCGGCAAAUAAAAUCCACGUUAAAAUUCGAUUUAUGACGUAUUUUACCGUAUGUGCAUACAUAAUAUAUAUAUAUACAUAUUUAUUUAUUAUUUGUCUGGUUCAUUAACGAUGUUAUUUCGGUGUAAUGCCUUUGUAUUUUUAAAAUAAUGUAUUGGCCGUUUUACGUAAGGUCGCGAAAAAUUGUCCACGCGUCUCCAAAACGUACGGUGAAAUCUCUUCAAUUAUCCCGUGAAACACCGCAGGGGUACCGCGAGAUUCUGCAAAAUAAAAUAAAUAAUAUACGAGUUGGUACGCCCUAAAAAACAUGUUAUCAACUUGAAAUCAAAUAAACACCUGCAAGCAUCAUUGUAUUAACAACAUUGUUGUACGUAUAGCUACUCAUAAUAUUGUUUAUAUGUUUAUCCUUAUUGAUAUCUGUAUCCCGCAGAAAUUACGUUAUUCACGUUUUUUUGCUAAUAGACCCAGGCAAAUAUUAUUAUCGUUUUUCUAUUCAAUCGUACUCAUGUUUUACAGAUACCGAUCAAAUACAAUUUUCAAAUAGGAUAUUUUUUCUAAAUCAAAAAAGAAUAGUAAUUUUUGAAAUACCUAAUGAUUUACAACGACAGUAGUUACUACGUCCGCCAUCGGAUGGUACUCCGAUUAUGGUCCAACAGAGUUGGUUUCACUGUACGUGAUGGAUGUUUUUUUUUUUUUUAUGAGCGUGUGCAUGUUCACAAUACACUAAAGCAUAAGUUACGCAACUACCUAUACGUCGCAUCCAUAUUUUCACGAAUAAUGAUCGUCCGAUUCCAUUCCGAAUCGUUCCUUAGGUGUAUGUGAUUUUAAAAGUAUGUAAUUUUAACCAGAAACCAAUACUUAGAAAUUGAAAAACUACGCAAAUGCAGUCUGUUUGAUAAUUUUACCUCGGUAAAAGAUUUAUUGUGGUCUUAGAAUAUAAUAUUCGAUGACCAUAUUAUAAACUAUUAUAAUCCUUAUCAGUUAUUUGCUUGCCGGGACAGUAUGUGUUUUUACUCUCGAUCUCUGGUGGUAAUAAUAACAAAAUGAUAAAUUAUUAUUAGAAUAUUACGUAUCGUAAUUAGGUGUAUGCAAUAUUCAUAUUGUUAAAAAUAAUAUACAAACACGCUAGAUAAUAUGUAAUAGUUGCAUGACCUCAAAUAAGUAUACCAUACAACGAUUAGUGUGUACGUUUUUAAACGAAACCUGCAUCAAUAUGAAUAGACGACGUUUAAUAGGUGGGCGAGUGACAGUAAUCAUCUAAAAUUAUAGCACUUUCUGUUGAUGAUUUUUGAAAUUACCUACGCGUGUAAACAUUGUUAAAAUGUUUAUAACGUUUACAAUUAAUGAACGAUCGACUAGAAAUUAUUACAUAAAACGAGGGAAAGCCGUUAUCAAGUAUGAAUCGCGCAGAAAUUCCUUCUGGUUUACUUUUUAUCACUUCUUAAUCGAUUUCUCGUUGUUUUCUUAUCGUGUGUAAUCUCUAUGUUUCACUGCUGUUGUAGUAGGUAGAUACUUAUACGCCUACUUGUUUCCUACCAAUUAUUAUUACUGUUACUCGUAUUUCGUCAUCAAUAAUGAUUAUUAUGUUAAUAACCGGGGUCUUUAGGUAGUAUUAUGUAGGCUCCUGCAAUAUUAGUUAGUAAGUUUAUAUUAUAUAUUACUGCGGGCAUUUUAUAUGACAGCGUGUAUUUUGGAAAUAUUAUGAUAGUACGUGCGAGAAAUAAAUCAACGUUAAAAUACGCUCGUGGUUCCUGUGGCUGGAUUUUAACAAAAGAUAGGUAGUAAUAUGGCUGAGGUGACAAAAGUUAUCAAAUUCGGUGUACGUGUAGGACGUUUUAAAAUUAACAACAUUUACAAAACUACCGUGCAAUAAGUUGGAAUGUUUAUAUUUUCGUUUUUUCCCCGGCUAUAAAAAUAUACCGUAUCUGCCCGGUUGAUGUUUUAAUAACUUUUUGUGCACACGGAGUUGAUAAAGAAUCCACCGCAUGUCUUGUAUAUAAUAAUUACAGAAGAAAUUAGUGUACAGCCAUACACGUAAAUUGAAAAAAUAAUUUCUGGGGCUUCGAAUUUGUUGACUAUUAAUUUGAUAAACUCCCCUCUCCCUUAAUGAAAUAUGCGGUUACGAUAUUGAUCCGGGAAAUUAACGAGAAAUUCUGUAGGAGACACACUAUGACGAAGUAUACUCCUGUUGACGGAGAUCGGGAGAGACUUAAGUGAGCUUCGCUCCCUUUAAAAAUAUUUUUAGAAUGGCAAGCUGUACAACAUGAAAUAUACAAUUUUCUCAAAAAAAUCUCACGAAUUCAUCUUAUAUUCUUCUUUGGAAUAAAAUAUAAAAAUACAAUAUUCACUUUUUCUCCCUCGUUUCUUCUUUAACCUUUUUGGGAUCGGUCAUCUCGGUCCUUACCUUUCAUUUUAAACUGACUCCUAUAUCGUGUUUAUACAUCCCAGUAGUCAUUAUAUCACUCCCAAUUUAUUUUUGGCUUUCCUACUCCAUUCGUUUCACAUUCACAUUUCGUUGAUAAAACUACUCCUACAGCAUUAUCUACCGAAUAUUCCGUUCUUACAAUAUAUCCGAACCACGACAUUCGUUACCCUAUUUUUAAUCCAUAGCUUAUUCAUCCUCUCAAGUUAUUUAUUUAAGCCCUCUAAUCUAUACUAUACUCAAAUUGUAUUCCGUUUUUCUUGUCUAUUGCCAAAUAUUGUUCACCGCAUACCAUCGCCGAUUUCACCAAUUUUUGGUAACAUUUAAUUUUCAGCCGUUGGCUUUUUGUGCUGUUUCGUGUUGAAUCAUACCUUAUUCAUUCUAUUAUGUACCGAAUUAUUAUAGUUUCAAGGUUUCGCCUUAUCCCGAACGAGUUAAUUGAACAAAUUUUAGUCAAUGACAUUUAACAACGAUGUAUAGGUACAAUAUGAAAUAUGGAGAUUACGCGAUUCUUGGCGAAAUUAACAAAAUAACGAUAUUUCGUAAAAUGGUUGCGACGUAUAGGUAUUGCAGGUGUGGGCGACCGGUUUAACGAUUUACAUAUCAUUUUUAUUUAAACCCCUCGUACAUCAGUUAAUAUCAAACGGACGAUAAACAUAAUAUUUUCCUCACAUUUGUAUAUACAUGUAUAUAUAUUAUUAUUUACGUAUAAAUUAUCGACCGCGUGGUUUGAUCGGUAGAAUUUUCGCUUGCCGCGCAUAAUAAUAUACCGUAUAACGAUGUCAACGAUAUAAUAAUAACACUGAUGUUAUAGUGUUAUAAUAUUGUUCUUCGGCCAGCUUUUGUAGCGCAUAAUAAUAUUAUAACGAACAUAGGUAGUGGUGUGUGUGUAUGUGUGUGCUGCACGUGUAGUGCGUUGUUUUUUUUUUUUUUUUUAGACAUAUUGUAAUAUAAUAUACUUAGAUGAGAAUUAACGACAAGACGUAUUACAUCCGAUUAAAAGUCGGCUAAACCACGCGCUUUACGUUAUAAUAUUUCUCUAUCUGGUUCGGGGAAUGAUAUAAUUUUCAUUUUUUUUGUUGAUUGAUAUUGUAUAUUGAUUUGGUGAACGCGCGAUACCGUUGAAAGUCAAAUAAGACGACUUUACCGGCAAAAAAUAAAACAAGCUACCUCUUCCCCCCAUACUCCCCGUUUUAUUGGGUUCGAGUUCCCUUUUCGAAUUUUUUUUUUUUUUCUGUCCCCCAGUGCAUUGGUCCGAAAGUGUAAAUUUCCCUACGAUUUGUUUUGUAAAUUCAUAAUCAGGACGGUUAUAGAUUAAGAUGCCUUCUAACUAUACUUAGGUUACGUGUUUUAACAAUAAGGUCUAGUUGACGUAUUUUUAAAAGCCAAAACAAACAGUGUAAACAUGGAAUUGGCAAUUUAUUCAUUUGUCAACAAUCAUGUAUAGUUCGUAAAUGUGUGGAAAAAAGAAAAAGCAAAGAAGAAAAAUCGGUCAUCGUGCUGUAAGACCCACAAAUCUAAUAAAAAUAAAAUAAGUUCUAUUUUUGCUACCAUGCGAUUUCCGUUUCCGAAAUUUCCUUUCCACAGCAGUAAUGGUCUCGAAAUUAUACGAUAUUGUAUUAUUGCCGGACUUGAGUUAUUCAAUAACCAUUAUAUUAUAUAAAUAUUAUUUUUGGCUUGUACAAAUAAUAUUUCGAAUCGUACUUACAUAAAAAAUUCCCGAGAAAUCCGGGAAAAUGUUUCUAUUAAUAUAUUCGUGCGUAUAUACGCCGGGUGAUUCCUUUUCCCAUAAUUUAUCCCCUCGUGGAUUUAUUUAGAAUUUAUACUUAUUUAUUCGUCUACCACGACGACGACGACGACGACGACGUAAACAGUGAACCCUACGCUCUACACUCGACUUUUGCGAGGACGUCACUAUUAAUAUUGAUUUUGCGCAAGUUUACGUGCGCUACAUACUGUAUAUUUAUGUAAUAAUAAACAUUCUCCGAAAUUUACUGAACAUUUGUCAUUUAAUGCUAUUUCAAAACUUGCCAGCAAUGUGUACAUUUUGGAACGGACAAAGUCGAAAUAGGACCGACCCAGUUGUGACUAACAUCACUUGGGCACAACCCGAGCGUCUAUCAAUUCGAAUAUUUCACAGUAAAAUGUUAAAGACGAUUCAUAUGUAUAUAUAUAUAUAGGCUACGAUAAACACUAUUUUACAAGUAUAAUUUAUUCUGAUUAAGUUAGAUAUGUAUAAAUAGAUAGUUAAGUUUAAAAAUUACAAAAAAAAAAAAAAAAUCAUUUAUUUUAUACGGAUAAUUAACGUAUUUGUUUAGGUAUACCAAAUCAAUUCGUUGAUUUGUUAUUAUAUGUAUCAGAACCGUUGCAUUCCGAACUACGAACAAUAUUUUGUUGUUAAAUUUGAAUCUCCUCGUACGCGUUUGAAUUUUACUGAACGAAAAACGAGUCCUUGUCCGGGUUAAGAGAUUUUAAAUACUUACCGUCAGUAAUUCGGCAAACAUUUUGACAUUAUCAAUGUUGGCCGUUCUUGCUAUACACUAUAUUAAGUCAUACUACAUUUUUAGUUGAAUACUUUUUAAUUUAAUUUUGUGGUACCCACGACCUUUUCUCUUCUCGCGAUUACCGCGGAACGUCAUUUUUAGAGGGAAAGAAAACUGUUACGCUCCCGUAAUCUUCAACAUUAUAAUAGGUACGCAGUAUAAUUGAAACAUAAUACUGAAUUCUCGUGAAUUAAUCGUAAAAUAAAGCUGACCGUAUUAGAGUAUAAAUUACCGCGCACUAAACAAAAAUAUUGCACGCGCCCGGUAAAUCACGAACCCGAGAUAUAUUAUAAAAUUAUGUUACUACGUGAAACUAAAGCUGGGCGAGUUCCCCAUUUAUUUUAAACUAGGUUAAAUUAAGUUAUCGUACGAAAAUAAUUAUAAAGUAAAAGUAAUUUUUAAAAUGUAAAUUAAUUUAAAUAUGUAACUAAGAUUAGUCGAAAAAAAAACUAUAGUUACCGUGAUAGGUUAUGAACGAAAUAAUUUUAUUUUUAUUUCAUUUUCCGUUAUUAAUUAUUAUUAUUUAUUUUAAAACGUGUCCGUAUAAAACACUGUCCGGCUUUGACGGUAUGCUCGUUUGGCCCUCAGGACCCAACGAGCCGCAUCAUUGACCAUAAUAAUUAUUAUCCAAUUCGUUUUGUACCGCGGAUGAGGAUUAUUUGUCGUUCGACAUUAUCGCCCCGCGUAUUUACUUCUUGACGUGACCCGAAACUGCGGCCGUCACGCUCAUUUUCCAAAGAAUUUCUCCCUCUCUCUAUAUACACACAUAUAUAUAUAUAAUAGUAUUAUACGUAUACUCUCGGUUUCUAAACUGUCCGUUAAUCGCGGUCGGAACUGUGACGAGGAAUUAAUAUUACCGAGAUUAUCGUGUUUCGGAAAACGCUUAUACGGUGCCAUCGGCGACACUCUGAGUCGUAUAUAAGCGGCCACGCGUAAACCACGUGGCACAAAGUACGCAUUUCGUUACCUAAUACUUUAAUAACGACGACGACUUAAUGGAGAUCGUUACGGAAAAUUGAACGUGUAAUAUUCAUUGGGACGCGAAAAAAAAAAAAAAAAGAUUAACCGUCUAAAUCGUUUGGGCGAAAAAUUAACUCUGAUUGUCCGGACGAAUAAUGUGCAGUGCAUGCGCGUCGCGUAGGCUGCGAGCCUUGAUCGCGUCAUAAAAUCAAAAAAAAAAAAAAAAAUAUAUACAUAAUGAAAAUAAAUCGUGAUAACAUUACAUUUUCGUUUGUCGGCAUUCGAUUUUGGGACACGUUUAUAAGAAAAAUUUAAAAUUAAAACUAAAAAUAUAAUAACAUUAAUGUUAACCUAGACGGCGCUUGUGAAUUCGCCCAAACGGUUUAAAUAAUUUUAUGAUAUUCGUUUCAACGAAAACCUCCCGGAAAAAUUAAAUAUUGUGAAUGCGGUCGGUGAAAUUAAUGCGGACAUAACGCGAACGGGUACACGUAUGUAAAAUAGCUUUUUUUUCGACACGAUUUAACACAUUUGUCGGAGUAUCAAAGGAGCAGUAGAAUAUACAACAACAAUAAAAAAAAAAAAAUAAAUAAAUAAAUAAAUAAUGAAACCCUUAUACUGCAGUAUAGGUAGUAUACACGAUUCUAAAGAAUUAAGUAUUCUGCGAUGUUGUCGUUGACGAUUUUCUUAUCAAUUACCUAUAUUUCGUCAGAAAAUAUUAUUAUUGUCCAUCAUUAUUGUCCGAACAAAUAAUUACUAUAAACUGCUGUUAAAGCGGCUCUAAGUAGUUUAUUUCCACACAUUUAAUCAUGAAUGAAGUGGAGUAAAAUAAAUACGUUUCUAGCAAACCAAUUUCUGUUUUCAAAAACUAUUUGACUUUUUUCAUUGUUUUCUGUUUUGUAGAAACGAUAUUUUCAUUUUCGUUGUAAUAGCAUUAUGCACGAGUUUAUUUUAAGAAUAGAAAUAGACUCAUCAUAUAUUUUAACUUAAGUGACUAAAUAAAAAAACGAAUAAACGUUUUCUAUUAAACAGACAACAAAUCAAAAAAUUCAAAUAUGUUUUCAAAAUUUAAACAGUGUAAGCGAUAGUGGGUGAAUUUUAUUUGUCUACAUUUUCAACGCUUUAAACUUAAAAACGUAAUAUUUGUUUAAAAAAAAAAAAACGAUCGCACCAUUUCCUAUUAAAUUAAUAUCGGUCAAUAAAUUUUUGGACUAAAAAUAGCAAAAUGUAUACUUAAAAUAUUAUUCUCUUAAAAUGUGCGAAAUUAUUUUAGGUAUGUAUAGAUAGAAAUUCAAAGUCAUCAAACGCAUUUUAGUCCAACAAACAUGUAAAAGCGUAUAGAAAUAAAAUGUAUUAAGUAUAAUAAAUAUUAUAUAUUAUACGCGUUAAUUUUGGACACUUAUAGCGGCUCUCUAUAGACCGAAUAAUUUUUUUAAAAAAAAAGAAGAGAAAUCGGAUUUGUUUUACAGACAGAUUAAAAUGAUGCAAUUUUGAAUUUCGUAAUAAAAUUUACCAUAUUAUUGUUGCGUCAGCAAAUCGUUUUUUAGAUUUGUACAUUCAUGCAGACCACCCAAAUGAAAUUGAAGAAUUAAGGAAUUAAGUUUAUACAUGCACUGUGUAAGUAUCAAGGAUGUAUAUUUGGGGAUUUCAACUUUCAACCUUCUCCUCGAAAAUUUAUAAUCUCAAAUUUUUUAUAUUUUCAUAAGAAAAACAGUGUUUUAAUUACCAAAUCAUACAAAUAAAAUAUAAUAAAUCUCUAGCAACCAUAAAUAUUUUAGAUCACUUAUGAAACAGAAUUUGAAAUAUUUUAACGGCAAUUAGUCGGAUGGAAGAUUUUUCGAUUCUAGUAACGUGCUCGGGUGUUUUUUUCUUUUAAGAUAAUUUAUUAUGUUCAUAGAGUUAACCGUGUGUAUUGUAUAUAUUGUAUAAUUAUUAAACUAUUAUUAAGCUUCUUAUUUUGUUUUUUUGAGUGUGUAACAUGGUUUGUUCGUCUAUUACGUACGUAGCUGUUGUGUUUAGUAAAUAUUUUAUUUUUAGCAGUAAUUUAGUCUAAUAAAUUAUAUAUUUUACAAGUAGUACUGCAUGCAAUAAUAAAACGCUUUUUUUGUAGUUAUUAUUUUAGUGUACCUAAAUAUUUUUUGGACUGUAAUUUUUUUUUUUUUUUUUUGUUGUUGUUUUGUGUACCCGGUACUUAGGUACUUCACUAUAUCACCUAUACAUAUUUUAAUCGUUAAAAUAUAGAUAGAGCUAUGGACAGGACGUGUCUCAUCGGAACUAUAAUAUUUUGUUUUUCUGAAAAAGAAAAAUGUAUAUCCGAUUGUUAUUGUUUUUUUUCUUUUUCUCGCUUCAAUUAUCUACAUAUUGUUAACAGCCCAAAAACGAAUAAAAUACUUAGGUACUUGAAAAUAUCAAAACAAAUAAUAAUAUUUGUAUCCUCUAGGUACUACGCGUAGUAUAAGUAAUAAUGAUAAUAAUAAUAAUAAAAUACGGCAAAACGUUAUUCGGGUUCUAAAGGAAAAGGACAAAACAAAUUCGAGUUUUCCAAUAGGUUUACAUACGUAUAUAUAGGUAGGUAGGUACUUCCUGCUGUUAAAUGGCGCGUAUGUAUUAUGGCUUCCCGCGAAGAUGUCUCAUCGUGAUUUAUGGAACCGCGUAACGGCAUAAAUUUCGUUUCUACGUUUCCGAUUGUCCGAGAGAACGGUGAGCGAUAUUGACGGAGGCACGAGCAUCAGUCGUAUUGUACUUCGCUAUUGCUUUCGCGGUAAGUAUAGGUACGUAUCUAUACCGUCGAUACAUUACUUUUCCCCCUCCCCCCCCCCGUCAUCGAAUGCAUAUAACGUCCGUAUACAUCUUUAUCCCCAGAUGACGUGCUUGCAGCGGCACACAAAUGAAGGUUUAUCGUGGUAGAUAUACAGGGAUACGCCACAGUCAAAACCGAUCAUAAUAAUAAUAAUAAUAUAUUAAUGUCACGUCUUCCGGGCAGUGGAAUUGCUUUUUUCGCCACCGGUCAAACGACGGGUGACAUGUUCAAAAGAUCGUUUACCGAGCGCGCAAAUACGCGUCUGUAUACAGGGUGGUUAUUUUAUCGUGAACCAGGAAUUAUUUAUAAUGCCACGCGUACAUACGUGGAGGUGUGUUCAAAAUGUUCCCAGACUGUUUGAAAUGCGCGCCAACGGAGCUUUGCGAAACAGUAGGACCGGUAUCACUUGUGUGACCCAUGAACACAAUAUUCGUUUUUGUAGACUUUCUAUAACCCUCGUAGUUUUGAUUUAACGGGUGUUUUUGAGAAACAUGGUUUUGUCUAUGACGAUUUUGUAAUUAACCCAAAAUAAGAGCAACCAAACGAGCUAUUUAGGGUUUAGCGAAGAUUUUUCUUUAAUUUUGAUAAUCGCGUAAUGAUACAGGCAAUGUCUAUUAUCAUGAUGAUAAUUUCAAAAGUGUGUAUUAUCAUUUAUCAAGGUCAAAAAAGUUCUUGAAAAACCUGUACUUGGAUUGGUUUAUGAUCCUUGAUGGACUUUGCUGUUAUUCGGCACAUCUACAGUGUUUCCAUUAAAUUUUUUUAACAUGAGCCAUGUAAAGUUUUCCAUUUUUCUACUUAAUAAAGAUUUUGUCAUCAGAAUAAAAAAUAAUUUCCAGCCUAUCAAAUAGCUCUUAUUUUAGAUUCACUUCAAAGUUUCUAACACACGAUAAAGAUAUUUUACUGAAAUUCCGGUUACGUAAAAACGAAAAUUAUAGAGAAUAAACAGUUAUAUAUACAUAAAGAGUUAUACUCAAGAAAAGCCAAUGAUAUUAAUCCCAUUCGUCAACUGAACAUCAGUUGGCGUGCGAAUAAAAAAAUUCGGGAAAUUUUUGAAUACAACUCGUACGUUGGACUUAAAUUGGUCAAAAAUUAGAAGAGCAACGCAAAAAUGUUAAAAUAAAAAUGUACUUCCCUUGGGAUUUAAGUUUCUGAAUUCCAUUAUUAUAUAAUAUGUCCAUAGUCACCAUUCAGGAUAAGGAAUAGGGGUGGGGGUGUCAAACUUGAAAUUCUAGACCACACUGAAUCGGAAAUUUGACGAUAAUUUAAUUUGAAUUAGGCGAAACUAAUAAUUUCUAUUUAUUUUUUUUUUUUCUAUUAAUUAUUAUUACCUUUUUUUUAUUUUCAAAUGUAUUUUUUAUGUAACAAAAGAGUAAAAAUAUUUUUUUUAAAGUCAGUCAUUUUGGCAAUAUUGGAAUCAACAAAUUUUUAAUCAUAUUCUUUCAUCGAUUUUUGUUAACGCAAAGUCAGUUCCAUAUCGGUAUGAUAAAUUAUAACGCUAUUUAUUCGAAAAAAAGGAACGUAUGUCCCUUCGCCUAUCUGCAAUUCAAGGACUGCAUAAACGAUUUCGUUUAAAUUUAAUCUCGGCUUUUUGUAAUAAUUUAUAAAAUUGUCUUCAUGAUCUCUUACAAUAUUUUUAAAAUCAUCGCCUUUUUUUCUGUUUAAGACGAGCAUAUCGAUUAUGUAUCGAUUUUCAAAUAACAACUCGCAUUUGUAACAGAAUCCUCACGAGCCUAAAUGUUAAGUAUAAUGCAACUUUUAACCUUUUAAUUUUCACUAAAUAAACUUAAUAACUAAUGGGUUUAUUUUAAAUUAUAUCACAUUAAGUUAAUUUCAAUAUCGUUUAAUUUUAACACAUUAUUUAGUAUUUUCGAUCAAUAACAUGUGCAGAAUUACGAGUUUGAAAUAAGUGUGAUUUAAUAUUCCCAAAACAAACCUACAGCUGUGUUUGAUGUUAAUCGUGAAUGUUUUCAAACAAUAACAAAAUGUAUGCAUUAAACGUUUUAACUGUGGGUCAUGACAAUUUUACAAAAACAAAAAUCUAUAAUUACUUAGACUAAUAAGUUAAUUAAAUUUUCAAAUUAACUUUAUUAAUACAAAUAUGAUAUUUUAAUGUCUUGACUCUUUAGCUCUUUUUUUUUUUUUUUAAUUAACCUAAUCAAGUUUAUAUUAUUUAUUAAUUCGCCUGGGUUCUGUUUUUAAAUUCUUGCAGUUUCCAAAAAAGAAUUUUCGUAUAAAUUCGUGAUUACACAAUCACCCUGUAUGAAUAUUAUUAGACACAGUACUUAGACACAUGCACAAACGUGAAUAUAUUUCCUAUGUUAUAAUCGUAAAGUGCAAAACAGCAUAUAGGUAAUACAAUAUUAAACGCGUAGGUAAUGUCCCGCAGGUUGGUAUGAAAACACUUUGGACCAUUAAAAAGCAAUUCAAUUAUUUAACUUACAACGCGAUAUCAAACGGUCUUGGUGUAGUUGUUUUUUUUAUAGUUUUUUUUUUUCCUAUCAACUCUAUUCGCGUUUUUGAAACAAACAGUCCACUUCAAGUGUACACUACAACUGCAUCGUAACGGGGGCAAGACACUCGGAAAAUCGUUAAUCGUUUUCCGUACAGAAAUGUUAUUGCGGUAUAACAUACUAGUAGGAUACUGCAUAUUAUAUACGAGUACUUGUUUCAUUUUAAUUUUUUUCCAAUGGGAUUUAGUUCAUAAAAACAACCCACUACAAUCAUUAUUAAAAUUAAAUGUUUAAUAUAUGCCUACCGAUGUUAUUAUGCGCAAUAAAUCGAAUUCAAACGAAAUAUUCCCUCGAUCGCCCUUUAAAAUACGUCCGGCAAAACCUAUGCAUUUACAUAUAAUAAAUUAUUACCCUUUGACAAAAACAAUACCUACCUACUCUAGAUUUUGCGCAAUAUCCAAUGUACACAACACUGACGGAUACAUUUUUACGGCGCCCUCUAUGGUGGGCAAAAUCACUUAUUUAGAUGUGCACCUAUAUGAACAAAUUUAAUACAAAUUAUUAUUAUUAGGGAGCUUUUAGUAAAUAAUAUAAAAUUUUUGAAUGGCCCCGUAACCGCAUUCUCAUAAAUUCGCCCUGCAUCCCCCCUCCUCCUAACAUAUAUUUAAGUCGUAUUUUAUGGUUAUCAUAUUAUUAUUGUUUAACAACACGUCAGUACGCAAUAGCACAAAAACCGCUUUUACAAGACAAUACGAUAUUUUGUUUUACAUUGAAAACCAUUUAACAUUUUCACACAAAACACAUUUCUUUUUUUAUUUUAAUGACCUAUAUUUUAUUGUCUUUUCAGUUCAUAAUAUUAUUUGUCCCCGAUGUAGCACGUCCGUAGCUCUUCUUUAUUCCAUUUUCUAUUUUUUUUUUCUGAUUUAUUUAUUUUUUUUUCACUGAACCAAUGAAAAAUUCAUAAGAUUCGUUUUGCAGGUAGACCUGAGGCACAUGGAUGAGAUACCCGGUUCGAAUGUGGUCGAAGUCGGAGUGGAUCUCUCAGAAUUUUACAUGUCGGUCGAAUGGGACAUACUGGAAGUACCGGCGGUCAGGUAACAACUAUACUACUAUGCGCUAUGUUAAAAAUAAUAAUUGAAAAAGUGUAAACAAAUUGUAAAAAAAUAAAAAUUAAAAAUAAAAUAUAAACCUCAUCUUUCGCGAACGCGUCGCCGUGGCUCGGUUUCUCUGAAAGGACUCUCAUAAAUUAUUCAACGUUAUGAUCCGUUGUGUGUGUGUAGGAGAGGGACUGCUGCCACUUUCGUAUAGGUCAAAAACUCUACAGUGUAUACUGUAUAAUAUAUAGUUAUAUAUGUUUAACGAUCAAACGAUAAAGAAGAGUUUCUCGUUAAAAAGCGAAUGAAUUUUUUUUUUUAUGUAUUACUUUUCUAUAUAAGGCCGGUUUAUAUAAAUCCACUACUACGGUAUUGUUCUAAAACCCUGCGUGAAUAGAUUUUGUUAAACAUAAAUUAAUACUAAAGUGCACGCGUAUGUAUAAUAUAAGGAGAACAUGAAAAAAAAAAAAACCAAAAAUGUUAAAAACAGGAUUUUUCAGUUUUUUUUACAUACUUCAAAAAUAAAAAAAUAAGAAAAAAAUAAAGAUAGAGAAUAAUUCAUUUUAAAGAGGGUAUGCGGUUAUUACUAUUAUUAUUAUUUUUAUAUAUACAUACACAGGUGUAUUAUAAUCUAUAUGACAUGGGUACUUAAAACUUUUUCAAGGAUCGCGGCUAACUUAGAUUUUGCCUCUCGAAUAUAUAAUAUUAUUAUUUUUUAAUUUGAAUAAAAACAUUAUUUGUAAUAAUAUACGUGUAAUAGAUAGGUAGAUUAAAAUGAACAUCACAUUAAAAAGAAAAAAAAAUAUACUCUAUUUUAUACUCUGUGUAUUUGGAGGGCCUGAAAAAUAAGAAACAAAAUAAAUUUACAAACGAAAAUCUUCCAGAAUUAGUAUUUUUAUUCUGAACAUUCGGAGUUUAGCAAGAAAUGUAAUGCUUUUAUUAAGAUGGAUGCGAUUUUUUUUUUGUGGCCGGCUGAUUUUCUAUCUGAAAUCUUUUUUUAAUCAAAACAUAACAAUGAAGCUUUUAGUAGAACUUAAAAUCUAAAUAGCACACUGUAGAGAUGAUUUCCUGAUUUUUCGUGUCAUUUUUAUUAUGGUUUUGAAAAUCCGGGAAAAAUUAAUAUAGGAAAAAAUGUACAGAAAUAAAAGUUUCAUUAUUCCGAUUUUACAUUAGUACUGAAAAUCUGACUUCGAAUUUUAACACUUUCAUUGGUAAGUACCAAAAUCACAAAAACUUGUCCUGUGCCGAAGAUUUUCGAAAUAAUUAAAACAUUUAAAGUGAUUUAAAAUAUAACACAUAGAGAAAUAUAUAAUUUAUAAUAUCUUUUUUAAUAUGUGUGACAUCACAAUUCUGAAAAUACCGUUGAAUUCAGGAGGACGUGUAGAUCAUAUCACAGCCGAUAACAAAUCUCCCGCUUUAUUUUGUACAAGUUAAAUUUGAUUGCCCGCAUAUAUGCAUGCAUAACACAUACGGAACGUUUUUGUUGCCCGCAAACAUAUAGUUAAUUUAGUACACAUAGAUGGCCAUUUUUAAUUUUCUUAAUAAUUGGGAAAUAAUAGAGAACACUGGAAAGUUUACGGAAAUAGCGGCUUUAGAAUUUUCGAUUUUGUUUUUUCUAUUGUAAUUCGGUUAGAAAUAAUCGAAGGCACCUGUUAAUAUACCACAUAUUAAUAUUAGUUUCUUCUUGAUGUGGUAAAAUGUUCAAAAAAUCCUGUCAAAUGUUGAGGUAUUUACAAAUAUUUAUCAUUUGUCAGUUAUUUUAAAAUAAUUAUUUGGUUUUAUGUGGAUAAAACAGCUUUGGCGAAGUACCGGUAAUUUUGCACAUGGUUCGUAAUAAGUUUAACAAGUGGAAAACAAAAAAAUUGAUCAUAUUGUAGUAGUUUUUUUUUUUUUUUAAGAGUUUUAUGAUUUCAAAACAUAUUCAACCGAAAUUCGUCCGGAGUCUUCUUUUGUUUGCAAAGAUCUAUUCGCACAACAACGGCCUAUAAAUUAAAUAACUUUAUGUAUUCUAUCUUUCAAAUUUUUCACCUACAGCAAUACCACACCCGUCAGCAGUGUUAGAUAUUUUUUUGUAUAUUUAUACAGGUUGAUUCACUAAGCGUGCUCAACUCAUUUUUGUGGUUAAAUUUUGCAUGGAGUUGAAAUAGGGGAAUAGUAAUAGAGCAUUAAUAUAGUGCCGCGUACCGUGCCGCUACACAAAUGAUACUCCGCUACUCUCUCCCUAACAAAAGUUAAAAGUGAAGUAUCUCGUUAACGGGUCGACGGAUACCAUAAAUUCUAACACCAAAAGUUAUUUAAAAUUUAACGUCAUCUAUUUAUGGAAUUUUAAAUAUAGGUUCUCGUUUGAAAAACCAAAGUUGGCAUCGCCACAGGAUACUCUUCAAAUGUAAUGGAAAAUCUAUGUAUUCAAAAAUAUCGGCUUUAUUACACUUGGAAAUUCCAAAAAUUUAGAAUUUGGCAUUUGGCUGUACGCAACUUUUUACCAAAAAAAAAAAAAAAUGGGGUGAGCAUGCUUAGUGAAUCACAUACAUUAUACAUGUAUUUAUUUCAGAUUAUGAACUACUAACACCCUCGUUGCAUUAAAUUUGCGUAUAGAAUAUUGAUAACUUUCAGGUUAUUUGCAGGUAGGUAUUUAACAGAAAUUUUACUAUAGACAAGUUAAUUUUUGAAUUUAGAACUCUAUUAUAUAUAUAAAAUAAAUUGUACCAUCGAUUAUAUUCUACAUAAUAAUAGCCGCGUAUUGUAUGCAUUCGCGCAUUCCCAUCACACGAGAUAAGAAAAUGAAUAAUAUGAAACUCACGAUGCCGUAUUUUCUCUCCGCUGUCUUUUACACAAUACCUAAAUAAUAUAACUUCAUUCCGGUCCGUUGAAUUUCGUAUCUCGUGAAAACUUGAAAAAACAAAAUAAUAUAUCUUUGGUAUCAAGGAUGAAGGCCUUAAGUCAAUUGUCGGCAUUUGUUUUAUUUUAUAUAAUUUAGUCUUUUGUUAAUUGUUUCCCUUUAUAUUUUGGUUAAAAUGGUCUAAAUAUAUAUUCUAACCAAUAUUUUACUGAAAUUGAAUAGUCCUUAAUCAUUAUGAUGAAUUUUUUCGUUUGGCGAAAAAGACUUAAGUAAUAUAAUGACUUGAAUUUUACGAAUUAAGCCCUUUAGAAUAAUCAUUUAAGUUAGGCCAUUUGGCGGUUUAGAAGUUAAACAAUUGACAUAAUACAAUUUUAAAAGGGAAGAAAGAAAAAAAAACAUCUUAGUAAAAUCAAUAGCUCCUUCAAUACGCUCGGAAUCUAAAAUUGAAUUUGGUUGUAUUGGAAAUUAUACAAUAUUGACUUGAUUUCCUUUUUUCCAGGUCCAAAAAUGUAUUAUGAUAAUAUUGAAUUAGCAAAAACGAUAAUUAUUACUGGAUAUAUAUAUAUUAAAAUACUGAGUGCAUUAUUAUGGCUGGCGACUGAAUGUCGACGAAAAUAAAAUCGGUAAAAAAAGUGCCUACCUACAUAAAUUAUAUCUACUAUGCUACUUGCUAUACCUACCAAAAAAAAAAAAAAAAGAUCAUUAUUUCUCCCUAGUAUACUUGCUUUUUAUUAGAUGGUAUUCAUUUUCGAGUGUUUGUCAAGAAAUCAAUUAAUGCAACUCUUUAAAGCGCUAACACGCGAUUUGCAUAUUAGUAUGAAAUAUUAUUGAUAUCUGAUCUGACAAACGUGCAUAGUGAUUAUUUUAUAACGAACCAGCGAUUUGAUGUAUGGCAAUUUUCGAGUAGGUAAAUUUGAUUUUGUUUUUUUUAGUCAUUAUAUUAUGGAUAUCGUUACAGAUAUAUUAAGCAACUAAAUGAACUAGAGUUAAAUCCGUUGUUUGACAGUCAAAAAGUCAAAUUUUAUUGAUCAACCCAUGAAAUAUCGAUUGUUGUUUACAUGAUUGUAUUAAUAUCAAUACACGUAUUUAAAACAAAAUUCCUGUAUUGGUAUGUUUCUUUAAAAAUACUUUAUCGGUGAGUAAAAAUGCUCCGAAUUAAUCGCACUGUAUCAUGAAAAUUCCGCUUUGCGGUUCUUAAUUAGAAACAGGUUUUAUCAGAAAUAAAAAAUAAAAAAACCAAUAGUUAUCGUUACGUUUAUUUUUGUUGAUUUCUGGGUUACGUUGACAGGGCGCCCCGAGUCAAAAACCUUUCGAAAGCAUUGAUUUAUUCCAAAUCAUAUACAUAACUGGUUCAACCCUUUUUUCUCAUAUUAGACACUUUCCCCGAAAAUAUCGGGUCAAAUAUCGGUUUUUGACAAAAACCUCGAUAUCAAAUGGCUCUUCCAAUAUUCUCAAUACCAGGUGGUAUACGCGAUACCGGCUAUUGUCGGUACUCACCGGCAGUUUGUAUGUAAUCGGUCAUUACUAAUAACUAACGAGAGUACAAUUUUGAAAAUAAUAUAUGGGUACACUAUAUAUGUGUUCACCUAUACAUCAAACGACUGAAUAAACACAGAUCAAAUCUGCUCGAAAUAAUCGUAAGUUAAUCGUUACGGUAUACCUGUAUUGUGUAUUCACGAUUAACGAUCGCCCCGUACUCUACUUUAAUAUUACCGGGUACGGAUAUUUUCGAAUCGAUGUGAUAAACCGACGAUAAUAUUUUCUACGUACACUGUAUAAUAGGUACCUACGGUUGUAAUUCACACACGCGCCUUUCGGAAUUUACUAUAACGUAUAAUAUAGGCUAUUGUGCGCGCGAAAACCCUCCGGUGCAUAUAAAUCGUGACGAUAUAAUAUAUAUAUGUAUACAUAUACACGUAUUUUUUUUAUUAUUUUUUUUUUUCCAGUAACCCACCGCCUGCACCAUGUGUGUUGUAAUCGGUGGCGAUAAAUAAUACCGCGCGAUAAUAUUAUAUUUCGGGUGGAAACGGGGGAAAAAAAAAAAAAUACGGCCCAAGUCGACCGAGAACAGUUUCACGCGCACGCGCGUCCGUUUUUUGAAAAAACAACGUUUUGCGACUGCGAAACGAACAAACAAACAAAAAAAAAAAACCCGCGAUCAAAUCCGAGGACGUCUCGGACGAUAAACCGAAAUCUAGCCGUAUAAAACACCCUACCGACUGCCGUUAUACUGAAAUAUUACAUUGUAUUCUAAUAUACGUGUCGUAUACAGUCGAAUAGUAUUAUAAUACUCAUCGCGACAUUGCUCAUACAUAAUAUUAUGUGCACGAAAAAUCGCGUAUGUGAGAAUUGUAUUUUUAUAACAGCCAUUCGACCUUCAUCCGGAAGAAAAUUCUCUGAUUUUAGAUCCUGAGUGGAGCGAAAAAGCUUACGGUUUUACAAAGAUGUUUAUUAUUUUUGUUCUGUUGCGGACGACUUUUCAACCAGAAAUCUUGCUCGGACUUAUGUAACAAUUAUUUUUUUGGAAGGAAAUCGGUGUGGGGAGGUACAUUAGAGAGGUUUUUUUUUUGAUUUUCUAAUGAGUUUUCCCAGCAAAUGUGAAAAACCGGGAAAAACCACGGGAAAACGAUUCUGAGCGAAGUUCGGUUAUACGUCGUAUCUUUUUUUGUCUUUAAGAUUUUCGUCAAAAUUUUAUAUUGAAAUUCUAUAUUACACUUGAUUUUUUUUAUCACUAAGUCGUACAACUGAUAAUGAACCUCCUGUUAAACUUUCAAGUAUUUUUGUUUGAUCCAACGACUUUACCCACAGAGUACCUACCGAAUAAAGAUUGCUUAAAAAACUCGAAAAAAUAUAAAAAGUCUAAAAAUAGCUUAAAAAAUGGCUUUAAACCUUUUGAACAUUUUAUUAUACCUAGAAAAGUAAAUAUGAGUUUUGUGUUCCAAUUUCAAGUUUUUACGAAUAUAUUUAACUGAAUAACCACAAAAAAAAACAAAAUUUAAAAUAAUACAUUUUCUACAUUUUCUUGUUUUUUCCAAAUUGCAUGAAAAACCCGUAGAACUUCAUAAAACGACCUUCCUAUUAUACUAUCUAGAUGAAACGUUUGACCUAACCUAACCGCCCGUAGUUAAUUGGAUAAAAGGGGAGUGUGGGGCAAGUCCAGAGACGUAGUAUUCAGCAGAUAUUAACUAGAUUAUUGUAGUCACUUGUCUUUUAUAGUUUUAAAAAAUGUCAAAAAUCGUUAUUAUAAUCAAAACCGAACAAAAUAUGAAGCCAUUGUCAGUCUGCUCAUAGACAAGUUUUUUUAAGAAGAAUGAACGUAUUAUUUUUUUUUUUAAAACAUAUACACAUUAACAAUUAUAAUCAAGGGCGUGCUUAUGAAGUUGGAGGGAUAAGAGUGUUACAUGAUCUUCGUUAAACUUUUUUUUUUUUAAUAUUAAUUCAAUUAUUCAUAACAAAUUUCCUGUAAUUUUUGUAUUGUUAUUUUUAGAGUAUAAGGAAGAAAAUAUUGGUUUUAUAAUGUGUAUUAUUUUUUUUUAUCUGUGAACGACUCAUCCACCAAACAUAUUACUCCGGUUUUCAAAUGAAGUAGCUUAUCUGAAAUAAAUUUUAUUUUGGUAGUCCACUUUAAUAUUUAUUUGAUUUUCCGAGCGUUUUUCUUAAUCAUUUGAAAAAACUUAGAAAAACUGGAAAGUUUACAUACAAAAGAAACUUCGUUUCGAAUCAUUUUUCGUUAGCAAUGGUUUAUCGUUUAAAAUUGCAUUCCCUUUUAUAUCAUACGUUUACAAUUUUUCACCCACAAAAGUGGCCCGAAAUAUGUCCGUCUUUUAUUUCUUUUUUUUUAUUGAUAUUUGGUAAGAAUAUAUUCUUUGAAAUUGUGAAAUUGUAUUGUUCGAUGGCGUAGAUACCGAGUGUUAUAACAAUUUCUACCUGAAAUUACUCUAAACGAUUUUAUAUCCGUGACUAAAGUAACGUUCAGAUCACCUUUAUUACGAACCCGCCGAACACGUCACCGAUUGUAAUUAUAAAACGGGUCCGAAAUUCAGUAUUUACAUGGUCGUCAGUUCGCGGCGCAUUUCUCGCUUACGACUUUAGUACGAGCGCGUAAUAAAAAAAAAAAUCCCACCCUGAAAAUAUAACAGUAAUAAUAAUAAUAUCAUAACGAUACAUCAUAUUGCGGAAAACAAAAAGUCGACCGUCGCAUUAUUCUUUUAUAAUAAUAUAAUAUUAUAUAUAUAAUCCGAUAACAGCUUCGGUCCGUGAAUCGGGUUUUCGAAAUUGGAUUACGCCAUACUAUAUACGUAUAUAUAUGUACUCCAAACCGUGCAUACAAAUGAGCUUUUAAACCGCGGGCCUGGAUCUAUCCUCGUCUCCUCGGCGGCACGCAUAAUUGAAACACGAUAUAAAAUAAACACGGGACAAUGCAUUAUACGCAUUAAAAUAUUGUCGCACUUAUAACGUUCGUUUUCGGGGUAUAAUACGAAUAAAGAUUAAUGUUUCGUGUGUGUAUUGUUGUUGUUUUUUUUCUUUUUUUUAGGAACGAAAAAAUCUACCCGUGUUGCGACGAACCGUAUUUGGACAUAACGUUCAACAUCACCAUGCGCAGGAAGACGCUGUUCUACACCGUAAACAUAAUUAUACCUUGCAUGGGCAUAUCGUUCCUCACGGUGCUGACUUUCUAUUUGCCGUCGGACAGCGGCGAAAAAGUAAGUAUAUUAUUGCUAUGUAUGUAGUAUGAAUAAGAAAUUUUAUCGGUUCUCACGAAAAAAAAAAAAGCUCCCGUCACGGGCACGUAGCUAUAACGAGGGGCCUGGGUGGCCUGGCCCACGUCUCGAGUCGUCUUGCACACUUCGUCUGUGUACUUCUUCGUCUGUUUUUUACCAAUAUUUUCUGUUAAAUAAAAAAAAAAAUAAAAUACAAGUAUACUACUUGUAAAACAUAAAAUUUGAAACUAUCCAAGUCAUCAUGUUGUAGACUUAUUGUCUCUUACAGGGUAUAAACAAGUGCAGUAUAAAGUAAGUAAUAUUGUUGGGCCAAAAAUAUAUCGGCCUACCUAAGGAAAAUUUUCUGGCUACGUGCCUGAAAUAUUCAACUACCCUAUCCCUUACACCUAAUUAAAUUUGAAAUACUAUUUGUUUACUUCUUUGGCUCUUUGAAGUUACAUCUUUGUAUUUCCCUUUCGUCUGUGUUUCGAUUAAUUAUGCAAUAGCAUUAUAAUUAAUUAUAACCAAUAGUAGUUUUCGAUAAUUUUUUAUUUUAUACAAUUAUAUUUGUUGUCAUUAUGACAACAAAUAAAAACAUAAGUCGAUUAUGGACUGCGAAUUCAUAAAAAUAAUUCGACGAUUAUAAAAAUAGUGAUAUACAGUAUAGAUGAGUCGUUUUCAACACACAGACGAAUUUUGUUAUGCGUAUAUCCUUUGAAUGGAUGUCUUUAAAUGGACGACCGAGGUUUUGUAUUAGUUUUGGUUUGUCUAUAAAAUUUCAUAAGGAAAUAAUAUUUUAUUGAUCACAAGGCGGUGGCAAUAAGGAUAAAGGAAGGAUAUUCAGGUACAUGUAUACUGUAUGACAUACAUGGCGAUUAUUUUGUCACGGACCAAAAACAUAUUAUAUAAUCUGUACAAACGUUCAUUUUGUGUCAACGUUUACGUUGAUUUUAUCUUUUCGUUCAUUAAUCAUUUGGCGAAUUGGGCAAUUUUUAAAUGAUCUUAUUCCCAAUAUUUUAAAAAUGUUACCAUUAUUUUGUAUAUCAAAAGGCAAAAACACAAUUUAACUAUUAGUUUUCAAUUACAAAUCCUCAAUUUUCAACUCAGAAUAUUUGUUUUCAAUAUUUUAAUAAUUAAAAUUAAACUUUGAACAGUUUUCAAGUGUUUACACUUUGUAACAGGUCCACAUGAGUAGUACGAAAUGGUUAUAAAUUGUAUACCUAUCUUACAUUCUUAACCUUAUUAUAUAUUUUAACAUUACCUAACAUAAUCGUAUUCAGAUCAUAAUCAGAUUCUUAACCUACCAUACUUAACUGUCCACCAGUAUUCCAUAUUACUGCAAACUGUUUCCGUAUAGAUUUUAAACUGAGAUCUGUGAUAACUCAUAAAUGGCAUACCAAUGUUAUGCACAUGAAAAUGCUAAGAAAACUAUUCUUUUUUUCAAAUGCGAAUAUUAUACGGAAAGUUUGACAAAUUUGAAGAUUUUAGAAAUUUGUAUGAAAAUUUACAUAGCAAAGUAUAAGUUAGGUUAGACUUGCCUAAGACUGUCAGGGGCGUCGUAUAUUUUGUAAAAAAACAAAUUCCUCGUGGAAAAAACACUCACGCCCUAUACAAUAGUUAGAUUUUGAUAUAAUAUUUAUUUUUUACUUUUUGUAGAACGUAUGUAACUCAGAUUCUCAAAAUAAAAAUUUCCAAGAAAUUGUAUUAAGUAUUUAAUUAUUUUUUGGAAAAAUUCCAAUUUUUGUUAUUUAUUAACCUUUUUGGUUUUAAAUUUUUCAAAAUUAAAGACAAUUCAAAAAACUGUCUCCGACAGCACUAAGUCAAUUUCGUUUAGUUUUCAAUACGAGUAAAUUUAGUUUUGAAAACACAUAUUGUCCUACACUUGCUUAAAACUAUAUACAGUUACGAGUAUAUCGUUUAGUACAAAAAAAAUGGGGGGGGACAAAAUUACAUAACACAUAAUUAUAAAAAAACAAUUUUUCCUCGAGACCAAAGACCGAAGACCUUGAUAUAUACCUUGAUAGACGUGGUUUUGACGCAACUGAUACACGCGUGUCAUCGAUCCGGUUACGACGACAACGCUGACAAAAGAUUUUAUAAUAUUAUUGCGGUCCAAACGGCGACCGGAAAGAGAGAAAUGGAAAAAGGAAACGUGACCCAACCCGCGAAAUCACUUACGAAAAGUUUCGCAUUCGGCCUUAAGUUUUUUAAAACGGCUUGGCUGUUAUAACGGUAUAAUAUAAAUAGAUUGCAUUAUAAUAAUAAUAAACUAUUAAGUGGAGUAAGUUAAUUUACGAUUUUGUGCGUGUGUCUGUCUGUCCGGUCCGUCUGUAUGCGUUUCAUCUAUCAAACGAUUGCAAAUUUCGGGAUGCAGUUUUCAUUGAAUAAUUUGUUUGGCUAUAAAGAAAGUUUCUAUCAAUUUUCAGUUCAGUCGGUAUAAAAAAAAAUAAUCCCUAAAAAGCCGUUGUUUUGCAUAUUAUAUUAUACUAUUCGUGUGUAUAUGAAUUUAUAUCAACUAAUGAUUUGUUUAAACGAAAAAACCACUGUGAACAAAAAAAAUGUUCAAAGAAUAAUAUUAUUUGUAAGAAAAAUGAAUUAGUUCUUGAUUGUCUUUUGUUUUGUUCAAUGAAUUGUUAAACCCUGGGAGCUUACGUUUGUUAUGUGGAUACACUGAUUUGUAUCUUUUUAUUAUUAUUAGGGGUGGAGGGAAGUGGACCGAUGAACAAACCCAAGCUCGAUAUCGAUGGUAUCGGUUUGUUUGUUUUAUUUUUAUUUUUUCCAAAGCAGAUAUUAUUGGAGAAAAAUUGUAUUAAGUCUUUAAAAUAUAAAAAAAAUCAUUACAAAAAAAUCGGGUUUUCAGUCUAAAUAUUGGUCAAUUUCCAUAUCAUCUCGUGGUUUUUGAAAUCACAUAUCUACAGAUAUCCGGUGUCAGCAGCAUAUUAUAUCGGAAUACCGGUAAUAGUGGUACCUGUCAGCCCAUCUCAAAUUCAUUAUUAAGUAUCGUAAACCGUCGGUGUACACAUACGUGCGUACUACGUAUCAUGUAUGCGUGUAUAGUAUAGUCUGUGAAUUUAGGUGACUAUUUAUAUUAUUAUUUUUUUUUUUUUUAAUAAGUCAAGUGUUGUGUUGACUUUCCUUUUGCGUUUAUGUUUUCCCUCUCGCUCCAUACAACGGAUUUGCACAAAACGUCAUAAUUGUAUUAUUGUUCUUAUUAUUUUGUAAUACCGUCCACUCUGUACUACUCUGUAAAAACAGAAUUCAUAGUUGUUCAACGAUAAAUAUUCAAAUAAAAUAUUAUUUCAAAAAUAAAACCUGCAAUCCACGUACAGUAACAUAACAAGACUAACAAUAAUAUUAUUAUUAUUUAUUUAAAACAUUGUAUUUAUUGUUAUAAAAGAAGUAAUGACAACGAGUAUCUGUUUACAGUAUAUAAUUAUUAUUAUUAUUUUGUUUGUACUAAACAAUUAAAGUAUCAAUUAUUUCUCGUACAAUAAUUAAAAAAAAAAAUCGUAUGAUAGUUAUAUGUACUCGUAAAUAAAAAAAAAAAGUUCGUAUUGUUAAACACGUAAUAGUACACACAUAUAUCGUAAAAAUAUUUACAUUCGACCAUCGCAUUUUAGUCUGUCACAGAUGUUGACCAUUUAUAAAUAAUACAAGAUUAUUAUUUUUUUUUUAGUACGAACCAGCUAUUAUAUUUUUUUUAUUUUUAGAAAAAAUAUGCUCUUUUCAAAUGUGAGUUUAAAAAAUAUUGUUUGCAAACUGAAAACCGAUAAUUGCAUGUAGAAAAAGAAUAUGCUCAUGAAAACUAUACGAAAUUUUAAAAUAAAUAGCUGGUUGCCAAUUAAAUUCCUUCUUUUUUAAUAUUAUAAACAGAAUUUCUGAGAAAUUCUUUUAAAAACCAAAGAAAUAAAACAAAUUCAAUUUGACGUGUAAUUUCGUUUCAAUGAUAUCUUUAUUGCAGUUAUCCAUUGUAGCCAAGUAGUAGUUUAUAGUUUAAAAUAAACAAUUUAAUUUUUUAUUUUAUUAUUUCAUACAUUUCACCAAGGUAACUUCGAAAUAUAAUAAAUAAAAAAAAAUUCAAUUUUUCAUACUAUGCAUCGUGUAUGUCAUCGUGUCUUUAGGGUUUGACAUUUUGACAUUUUAAAAUCCAACUUCCAGAAGCACACAAACCCGUUAAUCCGAUUCUGUACAAAAAAUAUUCUUAGAUCUCUUCGUACGAUAGGUUCAGCUGUGGUUCGCACACACACUGCAUCACAAAGACAUUGACUUUUCUUAUUAGCGAUAAGUAACGUCAUUAAAACAAAUCUUUAACGAUUGAAAAAAAAAAACCAAAAUUAAAUUCAAAACAAUUCUUUGUAACAAUAAUAUUUAUAAUCUAUUUGUCUAUAAACACAGUAAUAAUAUAUUGAUAAUAUUACAAAAAAAAAUUAAACAUAUUGACAUUUCCCCAAAAAGCAUAACUUGUGAUAAGGUACAGUGAGUUUAUUGUAAAUAUAUGUAAUAUCGCUAUUUUAUGAUAAAAGAUGAUAAGGAAAAUAAGGACCUAGCUUAUCCAAUUUCUAGAUUCACAAAGAAAGAAGUUCUAACAAACCAAAAAAAUAUAAAAUAAAAUAAGUCAAAAAAAUGUUUACUCAAAUAGAUGAUGAAAGUAAGACAAGUAAACACAGCCCUCUCCCCAAAUGAAGUCUAAAUAAUCAACUCAAGUGACAAUACAUAGAUAACAAUUAUGUUUAUUUUGUGUCACGUGAAAUGAGACCUUAGUUCUCUCAAAAUUAAACUUUGAUAGCUUUAAACUAAACGGCUGUUUCGUGUCUGUUUAUGAAUUAAUAUUUUAGUUUUGGUAUCAUAAUAUUGAUUUUCGUAAUAUUAUCACCUGGCGUCGAGUAUAUUAAAUUGAGAAAAUUUAAAAUAUUGUAAUUUUUUUCUUUUGUGUUAAUUCAUAUAAACGUCCAAUAAAAUAACUAUGUGACACUAUAAUAUAAUAGUACUGCGUAAACCUAAAAUGAAGAUACGUAAUAAAUUAUUACUUUCUUCAAAUUAAUGCGAAGGAAGUUGUUAAGAUUAACAAAUUUUAAUUGAAGAUGUAAUCAGUAAUGAGUUGGUUGUUCAGAAAAUAUAAUAACAAUGAUUAAAUGUCUACUCCUGUGCGCAUUGUAUUCGAUACCGUAUAACUCGUAUACGACUAUACUAAACGACGACCAGUCCAUUCCUUUAACUCUGGACUAAUAAUUAUCAGAAAUGUGAGAACUAUAAGUUCAUUUUUAUUAUUACUGUGCGAGGUCCUCAAAUAAUAAUAAUAAUAAUUGUAAAUUUAAAAAACCCAACUUUUAAUUGCUGAUUGAAUAGGAGCCAAAAACUGAUGAAACUUUACCUGAUAGUUCACCUAGGGAGUAUAGUUUUAUCUAGGGAAAUUUCAUUAGGAGGAAGGGGUUAAAUAUCACCACGUCCAAUUUUUCGAGUUAAAACCGAUGUUCAUCGGACACUGUAUAAGAAUAGAAACUCGCAGAUUCAACGGCAGUGGAUGGUUUACGAAAAUCGAUGGACCACGUGAUUUAUGAUAAUGUCUCUAGACCUCUGCAGACAAGCCGAGCGAUAACUAUGCACCACGUCAUGUCAGCGUGUAUAUUAAUAAAUAGAUUAUUAUGUCGGAAAAUGGAUUGUCGUGUUAUUAUUUACCGAAAAAUUUCCGGCCCGUUGAGGAUAAAACGCGUACACGAGGAAUAAAAGGGGAAAAUAUAAAAUAAAAUAUUUUAUCGCUCAACGGCAGUAAUUUUAUUGUAAAAUUAUAAUGUAGGUACGCUUUUACAGGAAUCGUUGUCGUUUUAUUGUAUGUAUAAUUAAUUUAAACAUAGACGCAUACGCAUUAAACUAUGGAUCAAAAUGCAGUAAAAAAAUAAAAAGUUAUAUCGUUUUUUAGAAAGAAAAAAAAAUGUAAACAUUGACAAGGUACUCAGGGUUAAAGAUUUUUCUAGGCGAGCAUUGAUUAUUGCAGCCAAUACCCAACAGAGUAUAUCAUAACAACAUUAUGUAGUAUAAAAUACAUUGGAAACCUCGAUUCAGUUCAUGAUGAAUAAUAUGCGUGAUGCUGUGGUUGCUUACAUUGCUGGAAACGCAUGCAAUCUGAACGGUUUUCUAUAAGCUGACGAAGGAGUUCAUCAUAACUAAGUAUAUGACUUUAUGAAAUAAUAUUCCGCGUUGGAUAUUUAUUACAUUAUUAUAUUACAUCCGAGAACAUGGUGGCAAGAGGAUGAGGCAGGAUGAGCAGAAAUAAUAGGAAAUAAUAACCGUAAUUUAGCCGUUUAAAAUGAUAUAUAGUAGGUACAGAAAAUAACAUCGUUUCGUAAAAUAUGGAAGGAAAACAAUAUUAUUAUUUUAAACUCGGCAGUGGCGGAUUGAACAGAUGAACAAUAAUAUACGUGAGAUACCUACGCCCGACCGGUCACAGUUGACAUUGGGCAAACAACAAACAAUACAAUUAACUUUAGAAAAAUAUAUAGGUAGGCACAGGGUACCCGUGUAUCAUAAAUUUAAAUAAUACACCGUGAAUAAAAUGUGUUCGAUGUUUCUCUUGUUACUUGAUGUGCCAAUUUUUUAUGAACAUUAAUAUACAAUAUAAAAGCUAUGGGUUUUUCAUUCCUAUAGGUUUAAUUCGAUUAGAAGUUUUUACUGUUUUAAUUUUAUCAGUGAAUCUAUUGCAGAGGUUUUGGUCGUAGGGAUGUGCAUUGUACGCAAUUAAAAACCCUUAGAGACGUCGUCACUAAUAUUUAUUUUCUAUAUUUGUCUUGCAAGUAAUACGGCAAUAAAAUAUGUCCUUAUCUCUACGAUUAGGACUCAUUGGACGAGUUUAAAGCAAAGGAACUUACUAUGUAUUUUAUAGGGAAAGUUAUUUAAUUUGAUUCUAGAAUUAUAAUUUUUAUAUUUUCAUUUUUUCAUUCAAAAACGAUUACACGCAAAUCUUGAUAAAAAAAAAUCCUACACAUGAUACCACAAUAAAUACUCGUCUUUAUAAAAAAUAUAAAAUAGGAAUAUUCUUUCUAUAGGUCAAAAUUAAUUCGCAAUUGUAAACAUUUGGAAUGCCUUUGUUUUUAUAUAAGUAUAUUAAGAGAGACAGAUGGAAAAAACAAUUUUGUAAAUGACGUUUAACGUAAAAUAACAUUGUCUUCCCUCGUUGGAUUAUAUAAAAAACGUCCACUAAAUUAUUUUUUAAAUUGUAUGAAUAUUUUUCAUAUAUUUAAUAUAAUAUUUUUAUAAGCAAUUUUACGUGCGGUUCCCUUAACAUAAGAUGCCUUCCUGUAAAUUUUAUAAAAACCGGUGAAUUUAUAUUUUUGACAUUUUCGGUUACGGGAAAAACAAUGACCCAAGAAGAAUGAAAUUUAUUUGAAAUUAUUUUCGAAUUACAAAGGCUCGCAGUUCAUCCGGGUAGUAUUAUGAUUUAUUGCGUAUUUUCCGCUUGAUAAUUGAUUUCAUGGAGUGGUUUUCGUAUAUCGAAAACAAACAUCAAAACGCAAUCGACAUACAGUGUUCCCGUAACGUCGUUAUCGAAUUUAAAAAUAUAAAAUUAUACGCGGCCCCGUACAAACGAUGGUGAAUCAUAGAUUUAUAUUAUCAUACGCGAUUUAUGGGCCGGAAAAAAAAAAAAAAAAAAGUUUACAAACAAAUUUUAAGAACUAUAUAGCGCAAAUAGUAUUAGAAAGUGGCCGUUGGGCGAACUGCUUCUCGAGUGGAGACACAGAUUAUUUACGAUUAUCGUUUCUCGAGUGAAACGUAAAAACGUUAAAAGUUCUCUCGAAUAAUAUUUCCCAAACAAUAACAACAAUAAUAUCGUGCAGCCGUAUUAUAAAUACGUAUUACCGUACUCUGUAACUGGUUGAGCACAAUAACAAUACGCCCUCUAUAAUAAUAGCACACGCGUUGGGAAUUCGCCGCCAAAGACACGGGACAUACGCGUGUUUAUAGUGCCGUCGUUGGAAAAACCGUACGGACGGGUUUCGAUAUAGCAACGACAACGUAUACAUGAUAUCGUUAUGGUCGCGGCGGCGCGAAACUAUACCGAAACGGUUUUUCGACAAUAUUGUCGGAAACGUAUUCCCGAAACUUUUUGCCGUUUCGAUAAUCCCGCGGGAACGCGAUCCCGAAUCGGCGGACCGAGUCGGCGGACGGAGGGUGCGCGUGGCUGUCCGGCCCGUGACAGUCGGUCCGCGGGCGGACGGAAACCGACCGAAAAUCUGGGAUUUUUCCAAGAAUAGAAGGGCUUUUCGGUGUCGCGUACGCGGUUUUCGUUCUUUAUAAUAUUACGUUCGUUUAUUUCGUACGGGUCGGAACCGCAAUACGAAAUAAUAUAAUAUUAUAAUACUGUAUAAUUUAAUAUAAAAAAAAAAAAAAAAAAAACCCAUUAAAAUACAGAGCGAUCAAUAGUCGAUUAGACAUUCGAUUUCGGAAAAUAUUCAUUUUUUCUUGAAAAUAUUUGACAAACGAGCAGCGCUAAAAUAUUACAUUACUACCGUUAUUCUUGUUACCCAUUUAGUUUAAAUGCAUUUCAACGUUGAUAUUUUUAAUUUCCGUCAAUCCGUCGACGAGAUGUUCCACUUUUAAAGUUUGGUUAGGGGGAGAACAGUGGAGGUUGUGUGGUGACACAUCGGACGGCGCGUGAAUAGUGCGGCGUAUGAACCUUCACUUAUCUCCCCUGAUCAAACAUAAAAAUGGAAUAUCUCGUCAGCGCAUUGCCGGAAAUUAAAAAUUCCAAUGCCAAAAUACAUUUAAACUAAAAGUUUAUCUAUUUAUGAAUUUCGUAAUAUAAGUUACUAUUCGAAAACGAAAAGGUAGUGCCUACAGCGAUAAUACCCUCAUAAAAUAAGGGUGACGAAAAAUAACGGUAAUGUAACAUUUUAUUGCUGUUUUUUUAUACAUUUUUUAAAACAUAUGUAUUUAUGCGCAAUAAAAGUGAUGGACAUUUUUAAAAACGUAUAGUUUAAAGCAAUAAUAUUUAUCUAAUCAUCGUAUAGUAAAAUGUGUUCUAUUUUUUGUUUAACGUUCCGUUAAAAUAGAAAUUUUGUACGGUAUUAUGUUCGUAAUGCGAUAUAUUAUAAUAUCAUUUACCCACUACUUAUCGACAUUUCUAACGAAUCACUGCGCACCAGAAGAACAAUUUAAGACUUGACAAUUAUAGUUGUUUCGUAGAGGGAAUAAAGUGAUAAAAGUUUGGUAGGAAUUUCAAUAUACACUUAGCCAUAUUGUGGGUGGAGAGAAUUUUUUCAGUUUGUAGACCCUUAUAGAAUUCCCAAACAACCUGCUAUAUUAUUAAACAAUUAUAAAAUUAUAAUAUAUUUAAAUAUUCAACGACAAUGAGGGGGAAAAGAACAUUUUCGUAUAUAUGUAUGCUACACGGAGUAAGCACAAAGCGCAUUAAAGCGGAACAAAGUAACAAAGAUUAUUGUGAUCCCUAUUUUGUUUCAAAUGUUACAUAUAUUUUUUUCCAAAACAACAAAGUCAUUAUGAGAUUGAAAAUCCAUUAUGCUUAGUUUGUCGAAUCGAAAUAAAUUUUUGAACUUAAGCUCCACAUAAACAUUUUUAAAUUUAAUUAAAGGCUUCAGCGAAUAUCUUUUGAUGGUUAUGUUUGAGAAAGCGUUUUUUUUGUGCGUGAUCAGAGACGAGAGACUAAUCAUACCUUUGCGUCCAUUCCCACUUUAAACACUGAUUGAAAGGCCUUGUGUCAGAGGAUAACUAUGAAUUCGAAAAUUCGUGGGUGCGGGAAGAGUUAUACCCCGUACAAUUGCAUAUAUAUUCCGUAUUACACGACAGGUUGAGAGUAAAAAUAAAAAAAACUAAUAAUUAUAAUUGACAAAAUUCACCGAGUAAUUCGAUAGGGAAAGGGGUGUGUUGGAUGUUUUGGAUAUUUUGCUUAAAACUGAAAACAAUUAAGAGAUGUUCGAGCGUUCGGUCGUGCGUGUAGUGCAGUGUGUGGGAACAAAAAACAAACUAUAAAGAAAAAAAAAAAUACCUCGUGUGCGCGAUUCCGGGAUCGUUCUGAAUGAAAAAUUCCCCCUCGUUUCCCGGUAGCAGUCCUGUUGACACACGCAUCAACUGCCGGAUGAUUGUUACGGGCCUCGGGCGGGCAGAAAAAGAAAAAAAAAUAACGAGCUCGUCAAAAAUGACUAAUGGCGACCGUCGACGUGCCCCACGCCACCGCAGUGACGGACGCGUGUUUAAAAUGACAACGUUUUUUUUUUUUUGUUUUUUUUUGUUCCCCCUUUCCACCGACUGUGUUAGAGGCGAAUUCCACUGGUACAGAUAUAUAAUAAUACCACUACCUACGACGAAGACAAUCGUAUCAAAAGAAAAAAGAAAAAAUUCCGAAGAAAAACCUGCUGUCGACUUGGCCUCAGGACCGUAAAAUAUUUUUCGUUUUCGGAAAAUCCGUUGUCGCGCGUGAACACCCCCCUUCACCUCCCUAUAACGUCGACGAUCCAUCAAUUAAAUAAAACACAUAAUAAUAAUAAUAAUAAUAUUAUUAUUAUUAUCAUUAUUAUUAUUAUUAUCGAGUAUUAUGAUAACAGUUUUGGGGACCCCGAGCAAUUGGAAAAGUUUCAUAGUUAUACCGCUACGGCGGUAUUCGUAUUGUUAUUUUUUUGUUUUGUUUUUUUCCCCUGUGAUUGAUGGAAAAGAAAAUGGACCCUGUCUCCGUCAUUUCACAAAGAUGAUAAAUUACUAAUACAAACUAUAUACACGAGGCGACGGCGUGCUCUCCAGACGGUAAUCGCGCGCACACGUGUGUGUGUGUGUGUGUCUGGUCGCGGAGCUGUAAAAGGCUAGCGGACGGGUGGGAAUUAGACGUACCGUCUCCCAGCCGCCGUCGUCGAGGGCUCGUGAGGUUUCCGGAAUAAAUGAAAAACUGUUGUUAUGACACACAAACACGCACACACACACACACACACACACAUACACACGACACACACAACACACACAUAUAGAUAUCUACGAGUAAACCGGCUGGCCCUAUGUCAUGAGGGAUCGUUCAGGAUUUUCGGCCGUCACGUGGAAUUUAACACUUUUUUAUAUUAUAAGAAUUAAUUUAGUAUUAGCAAUGAUAAAAUAAAAAUAAUGAUAAUAAUGUAUUAUAUUAUAAUGUCAUGAUGUAACGGUCAAUGACCGAUGUGAUCGAGACCUUGUGUUUAAAAUAAUAUAAAAUAAUAAUAAUAGCAAUGAAUAUGAGGUGUUGCUAUUAAAAAACGAGACUGGUUACGAAAAAUUGUUUUAUUUUAAAAAUUUGUCUACAUUCAAAUACUUCCAUUCAAUAUACUCCCCUACCCUCGCCACACACCGUUUCAUUCGUUUCUUCCAUUGCUCGAGGCAGUGCUGGAAGUCUGUUUCCGUAAGACCAUUCAGGAGUUCCGCCGAUUUUUGUUUCACCUCUUCCAUCGACUCAAACCGGAUUCCUUUUAAGGCAGACUUUAUCCUCGGAAACAAGUAAAAGUAGCAGGGUGCCAAGUCGGGUGAGUAAGACGCGUGUUCGAGUACUGGAGAGCCUUAAGCGGCCAAAUAACGCUUCACGCUUUAUCCUGGUGCAAGAUCCGCGACUUGUUUUUCCACAACAUCGACCGUUUCUUACGAACUCAUUAGCGCAAUGUUGCCAAAACUGUCAAAUAGUAAUGUUGGUUCACAGUUUGACCCUCUGGAACCCAUUCAGUCAUCACGAUGCCGUUGAUAUCNCCACUCAAAAACACGCGCCCGAGAUAGGAAAUCCUCACUAUAGGCCUCUUUUAACAAUUUAUAGCACUCAGUUGGAGUUUUUUUUAGUUGAACGAGAAAAUUUUACGUUUAUCCGUUGCUCAUGUUUUUCGUCACACAUGGUUUUCAGCACGAGAAAAAAACACGUUCGUUUCAAACCACUACUGCACAAAUACUAUAAUAGUGACGAAAACGUGUUUUAGUACGUGCAUAGAUAAUAUAUCUAGAUACCCAACGCAUUACUCGUUUUUAUCACUAUCCAUCUAGGGCGCCCUUUAGACGGGCAGUCUCGUUAUUUAAUAGCCACACCUCGUAUAUGUAAAACACGCAUAUAAUGCAAUUUUAUAACGUACAGUAUGAUGUGCUAAAGUAAAUAUACGCGACAGUUAAAUUAAAUACGAAAUCUGAUAUCGUCGGCCUCAUUCGCCAAAUGUCCCAAAUCCGAAAUGGCAAUUGUUCAGCAGAAGCCAAUAACGUUCUCGUUCUGAAUGACUCCAAAAUGAUUACAUUCAUUAUAAGCAUAUUUUAAUGAUAUUAUUAUCUAGAUAAAAAAAAUACAGAUUAGACAUUUAUCUAUGUUCAAGAUAAAAGAUAAUUUUCAGUUGUAGAUACUCGUAUAUCAUAUAGAAAUGGCGAAUUAAACAAAUAUUGGGAUAAUUCAAUUAGAUACAUAUUAAUUAGAUACUUAUUAAAUCUUUAAUGAAUUUAUGACUUCAAACGUAUACAUAUUUUUUUUUCAUUCAAUUAUAGUGAUACUCAUAUGAGCUUUUGUUACAUUUUUUUCAUGAAAUCCCGAAUUUAUACACGAAAGUUCGUGUUUCAUAUCUUUGCAUAUUUCUAAGUUUAAAGUUUAAGCGCAAUUUUGUUUUUUUGUGUGCUGACCGCAAUUUCAGUACCAUUUUAGUACUAUUUUGAUUUUUUUGUAUGUUUUUCAAUUGCUAUUUUAAUAUCGUAGGCUUCAAAAUAUACUUAAUAAAAAUAAUAAUUUAAACACCAUUGAAUAUCUACAGGUUCAUUAAAUUUGUAUUUCCAUUAGCGUCCGCUGCAAUUCAGUGAGACACUUAUCAUAUCGAUUAGGAUACUCCAUAAUUUGUGCCACGUUUUAUUUAUAUAGUUUCCAAAUAUUCCGGUAUCAUAAUUAUUAUUAUUAUUAUUUGCAUAUUUUAUCAUUGUUAGUGUAUCUUUAAACACUUUUAUACGUGUUUUUAUGAGCAAUUUAGUGCGCUAAUCAAUUUUUUUUCAUAGAUACAGUCUAUGACCUCUAACUACAAUUAAUAUUUUUUACAUAUGGCAAUUAAUUUUGUUUUGAACUCAGUUUGUUCAAAUUAUAUCGCUUGCUAUGCGUAAAUUAAAUUGUUAAAUGACUUUUCGUUCAUCUAUUUGUAUUUAAUGGUAAAAUACAAUAAAUUGUAUAAACCAAUAUACAUAUUAUUAUAAAUUACUCACUGAACCCAGAAUCUCAAAAAAAAAAAAAGAAAGAAAGAUGGUAUAAUUCACGUUCUAGUACUUAUUAUCUAUUAUCUACGUAUUAACUGCAAAUAAUAAAGGAUAUCAAGAAGUAAAAUAGUAUUAAGAUGUUAUUAUAUUUAAAAAAUAAGAUUUCAGUGUAUGAGUGGAGGCGAUCAAGAUAUUAGUAAAGGUAAAAAAUAAUAUUAUUUUAUUUUAUAAACCACGAUGAUUUAAUUGUUGAGUGCACACGGUAAUAUUAAACAAUUCAUUCGCCAUCGUAUAGUAAUAGUCAUUUUUACAACCAUUUUGGCAUCACUCGUUAAAACACCGAUAAUAUUGCUGCAUUAAAUAUUAUUGCGGAAAACGAGACUACGACACCCUAUGGUCUCUGCGGACUUAGCCAUUUUCUCACCACCACCACUACCCCCACCACCACUAAUCCCUGGAGAAAAUCGCGUGUCUAGACGGUGAGCCACUACUGCAAGGGAGACCGAUGUUGCGUCGCCGACGCUCGUCCGCACUGCAGUGACACCGAUUGGAAAUUUCUGGAAAAAAAAAAAAAACUAGCACCCGAAUGUAAUAAAUUACGUACAAAAACGUGAUCGGAUCGUAGAGGACGUUCCUGAAUAUUUCCGCGUUAGACAAAUCCACGCGAAAUAGGAGUGGACGUUUUAUACGUUUUUCUUCUUUUUUUUUUUCGAAGCCCAUUGAACUAUGGCCUGCAUUUUUUAUUUUUUUUUCUUUACUUAUCGAUUCGAUUUUUAAAAUUUGAAUUUGCUGUUGUGGAGUUCAUCCAUAUAAAUCAUAUAGAUUGCAAUAAUAAUUAUAAACCCACUAGUGCUAUAUUUUUAGUUACGUCGUUUUUAAAAAUAAAACCUCCAUCUCGAAGAAAUAUGACAAUAAUGCUGACGGUAGCAUAGUUUUGGCUCCCAGUUUCUAAUUUAUCAAUACAAUAUGUCAGCAUAUUAUUACUGACCCUUUCCAAUCACUAUAGGUGCUUGUGUCGUAAUACUUGAACGUUCCUUACACUGCAGUUCACAAUAAAAAAAAAAAGGCGGUAUAUACUUCAAAUUAUGAGUGUGUCACCGUACUAUAAGUGGAAAUUUAGAAAUGUAGGGUAGAUUACAAUAAUUGCAUUUAGGUAUAUCAGUAGGCAACGAUAAAUUAUUACAAACGCAAAAUUAUUUUGAAUAAUGUUCGGUUAAACAUGUUUUGAUAAAUUUAAAUUGCAAAUUGUAUUAAUUUAUAAUUUGUACACCUAACUAUUUAGUAAAAUACAAUAUUUUUUUUUUUGUUUUUGUUUUUUGUUUUUUUAAAUUAUUGAGCAUUUUUAAUGGAUCGACAAAGUUGUUAUCUCGUGUAUAGAACAAUGGCAUGUAAAAUGUCUUGAUUCUUAAAAGUUUCAAUCAAAACUUGAUAUUUAAAUGUUUAUAAAGAAAAAAUCCUCAUUAAGGAUUUUCGGGAUUUCUAUAAUAUCGUAAUUAUUACAAUAUCAAAAUUUUUAAGUAUUUUUGAGAAGCGAACGGGCUAAUUACGGGUUAUUGUAAGUGAUUUUUUUUACUCUCAGAAAAGAGUUUUUACUUAAAAAAAAAUACUGGUCGGGGAUAAUAAUUUCUUAGUCUUAGAUCAGCUUUCCGCAUUAAACUUUCUAAAUCUCAAUAAAAUAGAACAAAAGUAAAAAAUCGAUUUUCAAAUUUUCUUAAGGUUUUCGCCUGUAAGCUUACAUAUUAUUAUUUUCACAAGAUAAUAUAUAUUUAGAGGAUUAUAGGAGAAGACGGCUUGAUAAUUUAUUGUGUUUAUCUAUCAGCAAAACCUACAGACGCUUUUUGUUAUAGUAAAUUGGCUUUAUGUAUCUAUUUCCGGCGAAGUAUUAUUUUUUCCUUAAAUCUGGAAGUCAGCAGUAGAUUUGUAUUCAGCAAUAUUAUAUAAUAAAUAAUUAUAGUUUCUAAAAAAAUAGUUAGAAUAUCCUACUCUCUAGCGUGCAAAACUCUCGGUUUUUGAAUACAUUUAAAAUAAUAAAAUAAAAUGCCUUAUAGAAUUUUGUAAAUUAACCCUACAAUGCAUGGCUUUUUAUAUUUUUUUUGUCCAUUGAACACUUGACUUUUUUUACAGGAAAAAUAAAAAUUUUCUUUUUUUUUAAAUCCUAUUUUAAUAAAAGUAUUUUUUUUCCAUGUCUGACGGUAGACAAAAUCAUGCACAAAUGAUCAUAAUUUGUUUUUAAAAAAUAAUAUUUUAUAGACAAUUCAAAAUAUUAUGACCUGUAGGUAACAUAUAAUGCAUUGUAUAAUUAGAUUACUUUUCAAUCGAAAUACGACAAUAGAGCUUUUUUGUUGUAUUUUAGAUCUAAUUGGUUCAUUUAGGAAGUCAUUUUUCUUGAUUUUUCUUCCAGUUAUAAUCAUAAAUGAGAAAAAACAAAAAAAUCGACUACAAUACAAGUUUCGUUAUUUUUUAUUUAAUUUUUUUGCCAUAAGUCAUACUCCGAAUUUCAAGUGUAGCGGUUUUUUUGAAGGAAAUUUUUUCUAGGUGAUCAAUAUAUAGGUCGAAGUUUGAAACUUCGAAGUGUUAACAGUUUCAUUACUUUUGAUUUUAUUUAUUUAUUUUUUUUUUUUGUAUUGUUUUAGUUUGGUUUAAAACAUUAAUAAUAAGAAGUAAAUUAUGUUAGCAUAUUCUAGACAUGAUAAAAAUUUCAAAAUAUUCUGAUGAUUUUUAAGCAUUUUACAAAAAUAUGGCAUAUUCACGGUUUUUUAAUUUUUAGUAGGUUUUGCGUAGAUAAAAUUUGUUUUACUAAUCAAAAAUGUUUUAAAAUUAAACACAAGAUUCACCAUAAAUGUUUUUUUGCGGAAAAUAGGUUGUAAUGUAAUGUAAUGUAUUUUUUUUUAUUUUUAAAAGCAUAUUUUGAUGAAAACACGUAAUUUCAGAAUAUUUUCAACCGAAUUUUGCUCAGAAAUGUAAUGAAUCACCUAACAAUGUUUAACUAUUGUGUAUAGUUAUAAAUUUAAUACCCUAUUAAAAACCCUAUGUAUUUCAACUUCCCACCUUCCCAUAGACUCCAACGGUAUACCCAUCAGCCGUAGCAGCAUGUUUUUAUGUAUUAGUUUACUAUGAUACGUGCAACUUUUUUUCUGUCUGUACAUAACUUUUCUCACAAAAACCUUGUUCCAAUAACAAACUUUAAAAGAAUUUUCUCGUAGAAUUGUUGAUAAAAUUGGUUUUCAGGAAUGAAAUCAUUAUUAUAUAUAUUAUAAUUAUUAUGUAUUUUUAAAUCUAUAUUUUGUAAAUUUAGAUUUCUUAUUUAUUUAUUUUUAAAAAAAAUUCGAAAAUAAUUGACACUUAAAUAAAACAAAAUAAUAUCAAUAACAAAGGAUUUCUAGUAUAACACCUAUUAAAGUACCUACAGUAAUAAUCUUAAAAUAAAUAAUUUAUACAAAAGCAACACGUCGUAUCAUUUUUUUCCAACGGGUACGCUAUUUACCUUGAUAAUAAUAAUAUUAAUUUGUUAUAAGAAAAUAUUGUUCAUUUGAAAAAAUUAUUUGUUUAUUUUAGAUUCGGUUAAAAUUACUCGUUGAAUUUUGUAGUGUAAUUAAUUCGAUAUUCAGGAAUAAAAAAAAAUUAUUAUGAACGAAUUUUUUUUUUUUUUUCACGGAAUAUAAGUACAUUAAAAAUACAUAACGGCUCUUAAAAUCCUAUGCGGGAUCGAACGCGUGAAAAAACCGUAUAAUAAAAUUCGACAGAUUAUACGUACGUGUUAUUAAUUUCUUAAACUAACAAGAGGAGUUUUCAUAUUAAAUUGCUAUGGUAUUACAUUUUUCAUUCCCAGUCUUAUGUACAAAUAAUACGACAAUAAAUCCAUGUUCAACGGAUAAUAAUAUUUUUACGGAUAUUUUUCUCUAGUCAACCCGUGUGCUAUUUAAACUAUACUAUUUUAUAUUCUGAAAACAGCGAAGAAGCUAUUAGUUUUAUUAUUAUGCGUGUCUAUUAUUUUAUUGGUAAAUACUUUUUUGGCUUUUUAUGUUUGUUUUGGUUUUUUUUUUUUUCUAACGAACAAACGAAUUUUUCAAAAUUUCAAACGAUUGACAAAAAUCCAUGCAUUGAUUUAUUUUUAUUGACUUUAGCAUUACUUUAUGUAUAGGGCAAAAAUACUCCUAACCACUUACAACAGUAACUUUCACGUAAACUCAACUUUAAAUCAACGUAAAUUAACUUUUAAGUUAUUUAUAAUGUACACAUUGUAUUUAUUGAGUUUUACAAGUAUAUUGCUAAAUAUUUAAGACUCACAUUUCCUCAAUAUUCUACGGGUUAACGCGGAUUUUUGCGGCAUAUUUGAAUCUGCCCUAAGUGUUAUUGUCUAUUUCGUGAGCUCCAUUUUUUGGCACAGUUCAUACUUUUAUGAUUUCGGAUAGAGAAUAUUAUUUUCUCUGACACAUAAAUCGAUUAUAUUAAUAUUUUUAAUUGAAUUAUUAUUGUUGUAAUGAAAUUAUUAUUACUAGAUAAAGAAAUUCCAAGCCACAAUCGUGGCAUGAACGUAAGUAAACAUACACAUAUAGUAUUAUCGAAAAUACAAAAACUUUUGAUAAUAACAAUAGGUAAUCAACGAUUAGAUAGAUGUUCAAAAUAAUUUUUCUUAUUAUUUUCAUAAUUUAAUUUUAGUGCAGUUUUACAAUUUAGUACAGUGACAAUUUAAGAAAACUAGUGUAAUCCCGGCAAAAACGACAAUGAAAACGAGUUAUUUUAACAUGAGCUAUAUGAUGGAAUCGUGGGUAGGUCUACUUCCCACUUACAUCACAAGUAAAAGGUAAAGUGCACGCAUCUUGUAAACAACGGACAGCUAAAUUGUUGCCACCUCUGUCUCUUUGAUCCUAUCAAAACUACUUUACAGCAUGGACACGAAAUGCACUCUGGUCUAGGUGGUCAUGUAAGGGAGUCGGACAAUGAGCCAAUAGACACUUAAAAAAACACUACAUACCAUAUUGUAUUACAAUUUAUUGUACUAUUACUAAAAAAUUACAAAAUAUAGAAAUGGGUGUUUAAAGAUGAACUUCCAAAAGUUAAACAUCCUUGGACUUAUGCCACACAUUUUCAAAAUCGCAUUCCUCUGGCAUCAUUUGGAGGGUCUGUAGAGGUGCAUAAAACAAGAGAAUUAUUCUAUACCCACAAACUAUAUUGUUAAAUUCAUAUUGCAAGUCGGUUUUACUUUUUUCACACAAUUCACCUACAAAACAACCACAAUUUCGAUUUUUGCGCUCAUUUAAUCCAGAGAUGUCCAAAAAUAAUGGGAAAGAUUUAUGAUAGACACAAUGUAGUCAAUAUUCUCUAUUAUAUUCGGGGGAAAUUAAAAAAAAUGAAACUAUCUGGUUAUUACAUUGCAGAACCCUUCAGUAUUGCUCCACGCAACCUUUUUAUAGUAUAGUUGUUCUUUACAAUUUUGUAAUAAUUCCACAGAGUUAUUUUAUUAAAUUAAAACGUCAAAAAUUAUAUUGUUAUAUAGGUACAUCAUUCCUUAUAAUAGUAAUAAUAAUAUUAUACGAGUACGCUUGUAACGAAAAUAAUAUUAUUAUUAAAGUUUAUUAUUUUGCCAGUUUACCAAAAUAUAAUAUAUUAUUAUAGUAUUAUAAUAAAGUCGGAACAUUUCAAGUAAAUUUCGAAACGCGAGGCCACCUACACCAACAAGGCAACAGCUAUCCUUUACUCGUGUAGAGACAAUACUAUGUACGACAUAAUAUACCUAAUCAUAUCCACCAUAUCGUAUACGCGAAACUUUGAUGGUAAAUUACGAAUGGGUAUAAGGCAAAUUAUUAUGGUUAUGUAUGCCGAAUAUAAAACGUAAGUACCUACCGGCUGGGGCCCUUUGUACAUAAUAAAACCCAAAUCAAACUCUCUGUAGCGAGCUGUUUCUUCAAAGUCAAACCUCCAAGAAUUAUAACACAUUAUAAUAUCAUUACUAUACACCCUAUAGCUACGCAAUAAAGUUUCAAAAGUCGACUAAUGAGUAACACUAAAUAAAUUAUUUGUGUAAACCCACAACGAUGACGAUUUUAUAACAUAAGUACCAGCCUUGAUACCUACUACUACAAUCAAAUAUAAACUCGUUGUUAAUAGGACUUUGUCGUUUUGCAGAGCUUAAAAGAACAUUUGAUGUUAUAUGAACAAACUCGGGAGGACAGGGAAAAUUUUAAAAGUGUGAAAAACAUAAUAUUUUACUUUUAUACGAUACCGCUAUUAAUGGUGACACGCAUUUUAGACGAUAUAUGUAUUAAAUGUGUAGGUACCACUCAAAUAAUGUUUAAUCGUCUAUGACUAAUUCGUCGAGUCUUAACAUUUAUUAUCGAGUUCAUUUAUAAACCCCCUUUAAGAGGGCAUGUUACCGCCCAUAUUUAAGAGACGGAGUAGUAUGUAAUUGGUAUUUUGGAAAAAAUUGAAAUCUGUAUCGAUCCGAAAAUAUUUCAGUUCACAUUCAAAUACUCGUGCAUUUACAAGUGUCAGUAGCGUUUUUGCGAGGGAAGAUAAAAAGGUGGAAUAUAGGAUAAACAUAUUCGUAAAGGCCUGACAUUUUUAAUGAAUGAAAGAACUAACAAUGACUGUUUCUAUUCGCGGAUAAAUUUCAAUAGCAUUCUCGCAACUUUUAGUUAUUUAUAGUUGUAUAACGUUUUCGAUGUUUUUUAAAUUUUAUUUACAGGUUUUUAUAUGGAUAAAAUUGUUCUGACCAAGCAGAAAUGUAUGGAAGUUUUACCCGAGAUUCAUCACAGUUAAGAUUUAACAUGAAUUAAAAACAAUUUUAACAUUAUAUACUAGUAUUCUAGAUUCUGAGUGAAUCAAGGAAUGCAUCGGUUGAAAAUCGCAUGGUUUAACAAUGGUGUUUAUUUUAUUUUUUUAUUCUGUGUACAAUAUUCCUUCCAGAAAUUUUACGAGGAUUUUCAAGUAAAGAAAUGUGCUACUUUUUCUCGAAGGAAAUUUUAUCUAGUUGGUACUAUAGGAAAUUAGUUUUUUAAGUUGUUUACUUUUCUAACGUUAUUUUUUUAUUUUCUAAGUGGUUUUCAUAAUAAUUGAAAAAAAACGUAGAAAAACGCGAACAAUUACGAAAUUUAUUAUUUUCAAUUUUAUUUUUUUAUUGUAAUUCAGUUAAAAAUAUUCGUAGAGAGUUUAAAUUUGGAAAAAGCCCAUUUAUAUUUGCAUUAUCUAGAUUUGGAAUAAUGUUCAAAGCUUUUGAGCCCAUUUUUGAGUUAUUUAUAGAUAUUUUAAUUUUGCGAGUUUUGGAACUUGCAUUUUUAUUAUAUAUUUGAAAUCUCAAAGAAACUUCUCUGAAAAACUUCGUCAGAAUCUGAAAGUCGAUGAAUUGUGGACUCGAAAGGCGAACGUUAUGUAGAUUUACGCAGUAUGGGUUUUCCACAUUACAUGAUAUAUUUUUUACUUAUUCAUUUUUGUUCAUUACAUAGUCAAAAAAUAACGGAUUCUGAAAAUAUAACUGUAAUAGAUUUAGUUAUAUUUCUAGAACUUUUUGACAUUAUCUCGCCAAAAAAUGUCAUGGCUUGGUUUUUUUUUUAGUUUUAAGAGUAGUUAAAAAACAAUGUGUGGAUUAAAUGAGAAAUUCAACCCCUUAAGUGAAGCACUCACAGAAAAUAUGUUUGUAAAAUACAAAAAUUGCAAUUUGUUUUGUUUAUUUUUAAUGUCUCUUGGUUACACGGGAAUAAAAUAUUUGUAUUGUUCAUUAUUAUAAUGAAUAUUGUGCACUGGUAAAGCUGGAUAAUACAACUGGUAAUAAGUUUAAAAUAAAAAAUUAUAAAAGAGGUUCGAAAGAACAGAAAAAUAUGAUAACAUGAAAUAAUAGAAAAUUCUAUAGGUAUUCGUUUACAAAAAUAAAACGUCAUCAUAAUAUUUAUACACUCGUUAAAUUAUUUGUAUUUUUUUUUAGUGAACUUUUGAUUAUUUAUUAUAAAUGUAUAAUAUAAGGCCAUAAAGCCUACUCAAGUGUAUUAUAUUCUAUAACAUAAGCAGUAUAUGAAUUUAUUCCAACGAUGUGAUGACUUAUUAUUUGAUUGCUUUCGCAUAUUUAUAAAAAAUUGUUCAUAAUACUUUUUAAAAAGCGAAUAUUAUAUUCCUUAAUAUUUUCAAUAUUUUAUUUUAAAUUGUGAGUCAGCACCGAUCCUCGUAUAAUUUGUCUCAGUGUAUAGAAAAUAAAUUGUACAGUUAGGUGUAUCGAAUUUACUUUUUUUUUUUUAUGGAAUUAAAUAUUAUUGUCGUUGAUAUAAAUACUAUAUUUAUAUUAUGGUGCUUCAUGUAACAUGUAAAUACUGUCGACGGCACACAAAAACGCGUAAUUUUAACUGAUACCAAUGGAAUUCUUAUGCUCGAAAACCCACAACAUAAAUUUUCAGGAAAAUCUCACAGCCAUAAGUUUUGAGGUAGGAGUAGAGGGGAUAUGCAUCGGACUAUUGAGUACUGGAUAUCGGGGUUUUCAAAACCGAUAUUAUUCCUGAUAUUUUUAGAAAAAAAGGUCUAAUGAUUCCUCACUUUUAUACAUUAUUGGGAGAAAAUCUAUAACAAAUUCUUUAAUUAAUGAUAUUAAUAAUCCCUAUAAAUUAUGACAUUUCAGUUAUACUUAUUGUAAAAAUCAAACAGGCAUACUUCACACAAUGAGUAGUGAUAGCUGGGAAAGUAAAGUGGGAAUUUAAUGUAUAUCUGUGCACAAUGGUUAAACACCUCGCACAUGUAUUUAAUAGAAUUUUAACUUUACAUUUAAAUGAUUUUGGCUUUAGCUUUUGUUAAAAAUUGUAAACAUUGACAAUAGUACAAAAUUAAUUAAUAGUAAAAUGUCUAAAAUAUCUUCUCUUGAAAUGGUUUAAAGAAAAUUAUAUCGAUACACUUAUUACGAAAUUGUCUUUGUGACCCACAUUAUCUUUUAUAUUUUCAUCCUUAUUUUACGAUUAUUUAUUAACUAUAGAUUAAAAAAAGAUGGACAUAAUUCACACAUAGGUGGGCUACUGUUUUAAGUGAGAAGUUGGAAGGGUAGUAAAGAGGAAUAUUAUUGUACGCAAAGAUUAAUCAUUGCUAACGAUAAAACGAUUCUGAGCAGAGUUCGGUUGACAGUGUUGCUUUGUCAACAAAUAUAUAUAUAUAUGUUAUAUUAUGGUAAAAUAAUUACAUAUGUAUUAAACCUUUUCUUUAAUAAUAUUUAUUUAACAUGGUACCAAUGUUUCGGGUAUUUCCCAUUUAUUCGAAAAACUCCCGGGAAAAAAAAAACGACUUCCUUUUACUCCAGUAAGAUUUUCUUUCAGAAAUAGCGCUACACUUGUAAAUCGGAGCAUGAUUUCUGAUAGAAAAGUUGUUAAAAAAUAAAAAAAUAAAAUAAAAAUAUAAUUGUAAAAACAGUUAAUUCCUCGUUACAUUUAAAAUGUCAAAUAGCAAUAACGGGAAAUUAAUUAAAAUCAAAAAUGGUCUUUUACGCCAAAAUUGGCUUCACGGCAAAAUUACUAAGUCGGAACUGCUACGCCGAAAUGUCCUAGACCGUGAAUUAGGUACCUAAUGCACGAGUAUUAGCCUCUUAAAAUAUUUAAAAAAAAGACAUAUCGGUUCAGCACUGAUACAAAGUAGGUACAUAUAAUAUAAAUGUGUAACAUACAAUUGCUGAUCUUAUUAUACGUAAUAGAGCUAAAUUUAUUACAGUAAUGCAAUUAUUGUUUCGAAACGCAAUAAUUAUAUAAUGUUAUUUUUUAUCGUUGCAUUUCCUGUGUGUAUUACUGAAUGAUUUUUAGUAGCUUUAAUUUAUUUUUCGGUGAUAAAUAUACGGUUCAUUGGUGCAUUAUAAUAGUAUUGAUUAUAAAAAAGCGUAAAUAGAGUUUAUUCAAAUGUAUUCAAUUUGGUAUAUAAAAAUUAAUAUUGACCUCUAUGCAGUAGGCUUAACGGUCAUGCACAAUAAAAAUAUGUACACGUAAAAACUUUUCACAGAAGGAUAAAAAAUAUUCAUCACGAUCUAUGUACGGUUGAGAGUGAACGAUAUAUAAAAAAAAAAAACCGUUUCGGAUCAGUGGAUCUAAUAAUAGGGCAGAAUUUCCAAAUUGUCCAUAGCAGUAAUUCCCAACUUUUUUGACAAUACGGACCACUUAGAGAAUUUUCGACAGGCCAGAUUUUUUUUGUAUUUAUAAUAAUAACGGAUCAUUUUUUUUUUAAAGAUUUACAAUUUUUAUUUGUAAUUUCUAACAAUCGAAUGAAUAAAAUGAAUUUUGAUUUUUGUUUGCUUAACAACUUUCUGGGGUACUGCAGUUCAAAGAAUCAAAUAUAUAUAAUACUAUACACAUGACUUCGCAUUGUGUCUGUUUUCCGGUGGGUUUUUUUUGUGUGUUACUUUUUAAGUUGAGGUUACAAUAUUAAAAAUGGAUUUCGGUUCGUAUGCAUCAGGGAGGUAUGUUUAUUGUUUAUAUAUUUUCACUCACAUAGGUUCAAUUUUUAAACUAAAUUAAAACUAACGGAACGCCGCAUUUUUUGUUUCGUUUUUUUUUUUUUUUUUGGAAUAUUUAUACAUUUGUGUUCUUAUUAAAUUAUUUGCUGACUGAAUCUCAAAAGUAAACGAAUUCGAAUUGAUGAUAAAACUUCAAACGUAUGAAACGCAUCAAUGCGUCUACUGUGAACAUUAACUGACUGAAAUUCGCUGCAUUUUAUUGUAUUGUUCGGAAUUUCAUUGAAUUGUUACGUAGACAAAAAUUUGAUAAUUUCGACUUCACAACUCGUCAUAUCGUGAAAAACCGUAUCACCACAAUAUUCUUAUUACCAUUAUACUUGUAGUUAUUAUCUUAUUAUCGAGAAACAAUAAAAUCAGGAUGCCUAUGGGAAAGAAAAAUGUCUUUAGAAACAAUAUAACAAAAACAAUUUUAAAUUGUUUAAGUCAAAAAUGCCGAGUUGCAAAAUCGAAAUUAUCGCAAAUGUUUAUUUAUGCGUACUUCCGAGAUGAUACCAUAGAUUUUAAAUUUAAUCAGAAAUUAAGUUAAUUAAAUACAAAUUGUUAAUUUUUAGGUGUUUUCUCCUUUAGUAAAUAAAUUAAAAUAAUAAAAAUGGUCUCAUGUAAUCAAUUUAACUGUGGAUCUAUUUUUAAAAAUAAACAUACAAUUUGAUCGCCCGUAUGAACUUUAACCGUGGCGGAAAUCAAACACUGGUAUUUUAUGAUGGACAAUUUCUUUUUCUUUUCCUUUAACCGAAAUAUAGUGGAUUUCCAGUCUCUGCAGGAUUCUAUCGAAACAAAUCGAAAAUGUUGGUUUGAAUAAGGCGUUCUACUGUCGCAUUAUAACCAAUUUAGAUUUCACCGCAUUAGUCGUGACAUAAGAACAUCAAUCGGUCUGUCAAAAAAGGAAAUUCGUUUUCCCAUAAAAUUCGAAAAUAUUGCAGUAAAUAAAUAAGCCGAUUUCCGAUUGGAAAUCUCAUCUCUACUUUGAGAAUGUAGGCUUGGGCCGAAUACGAACAACAAUAUACAACGUAAUAUAAUGAUUAACUUCCGACCGAAAUGUCACGACGAACCGUGAAUAGGGUCGAAUGUAAAAAUAAUACAAUUUCCGCCUGAGAUUAAAAAAGAGCUGAUACUCGGGACGGCUGCAGCCACUGUUGUAGGUGGGACGUUAUAUAUGGUCAUUUAAUUUAUAUCUGUAAGCAACGAUAAAUCAUUGCUGACAAAAGACGAUUCCGUGUAUAGUUCGGUGAUAAAUAAUUUGAAGUGUAGUAAUUAAGUACCAUUGUAGACAAAUUAAAAAAGGAAAAAACUCAUCUGAUGUUUUUGGAAAUUUCACCACGUCUAUGUAAACCCUAUAUGGGUAUUAUUACCAAGUUUCAAGUCUCUACGUGAAUUUAUAACCAAAUAACAGAAAAAAACUCUCAAAAAUUAAAAUUCCUUGAAAGCUCAAAGAAGGUUCAAAAGUUUUGGCAAUGCUACCAUAAGAAAUUAAAUCAAAAAAUGUAUUUUGUGAUUUUUCGGUAAAUCGUUUUUUCUGGUAGAAAACGUCAUCCGUGUUUUUAUAAAAUAAUGAAAUUGUGAAAUUGUACAUUUUCCUACGUUUUUUUCCCCACUAAAGUGUUUUUAUUUAAAAGAUGACGUCAUCAAAGUACAAACUAGAUAACUUGAGCUUUCAGGAAAAAUGCUGCACUUAUACGACAGAUCAAGUUUACUAGGGAAAAACUUGUCCACAGACUAGAAAAAAAAUAAAUAAACAGCAUUGUAAAACCAAUAACUCCCUCGCUAUGCUCGGAAUCUACAAUAAUACAUCAAGUUUCACUAAUCAUAAAAUGAUUGAUUAAAAAUAUAAUUCAAUAUUCUUCCGGUUUUUAAUGUUUGGUGAGGCGCAUUAUUAUUUAUAUGAUUAUAAGACUGUAUACUGGAAAACAACGGAGCAAUUAUGGUUCGCGAUUAAUCGAUUUCGAUAAAUUAAUUAUUUUAUUAUUACUAUCACGAUAUUUUCACGAUUUAUGCGAUUUAAUAUAUUUCGGAUAGUCAACCACAGUGGUGAUCAUUUGAACUCGACAUACCCCAGAAAUGAAAAGGCUGCCUCAAAAUAGACUCAUGGAGGAAAGGGAAAUGCUGCGAUAACCGGUCUGCAUAAAAAAAAAAAAAAUCACUUUUCAACGGUAUUCGAGUCGACGUGUUUUUUAGAUAUAAAAAUAUAUUUUGAAACUCUGUACAGGUACUCAAAUAUUUUCGUUUCGCUAUUUGUCGAAAAUAUGUUUAAAACCAUAACUUUUUAUUGCCUACUAAAAAACAAUAAAGUUAUAAGCUUUCGGUAUUACGACUUUUAGUUCGCCGUGCCAUCAUGACUACGUGAUAUAAUUGUAGUCAUAAUAUAUUUUUAUGACGACACAAAACUCGGUCAAUAUAAACGGAAAACCAAAAUAUUAUGCAACAAUAAAAAAGUAAAUACCGAUAUAGCGAAGCGAAACGAGGAACGUAGGUGUUGACUUUGCUAUAUGCAUUGUGUUUUUUGAAUAAAAUUUUUUUUCGAAAAACUACAAUACAAAAAAAAACUAUAGGAAAACCAUACAAUAUGCAAAACGGUGUUCGGCGUAUUUAAUACUGCACAUUAUAAUAGAAGUCUUGUCUAUCGGUUUCUGCGGCGUGCGUGCGCGGGCGAUUGUGUGUUUGCGCGCGCGCGUGUGUGUGUUUUUAAUGUUCAAAUAUAAAACCGACGGCGAAAAUUAAUUUUCCAAUAUAAAAGCGAUUACAUUCUUCGGUGCUGCUGUUCUGUGUCGGCAUUUGUCUAGAUAUUAUUAUUAUUAUUAUUAUUAUUAUUUGGGUCUUGCAAUUUCUGUUUGCGAUGAAUAAUUUAUGUCCGCACGCGCGGAUUUUGUAUUUUAGCCGGUCCGUACGUAUUGUACGUAUAGGUAUUGUAGUCUGUGCACGAAUUGUACCGAUAUCGGAAACGUUUCGUCAUAAUAAUAAUAAUAAUUAUUAUUAUUAUUAUUAUUAUUUAGUUUCGGGGUUUUAGUUUUUGAAACAAUUUUUAAAGCUGUUCGGAUGUCUAAAAAUAAACACUUCGGAAAAGUCCCCGGUGCAGAUUGGAGGCCGAUGAACUUUGGCCGGUGACCGACGUAGGGCUCGAGAGGCCAGCGUUGGGUGCGAUUUCACGCUGCUUUUCGAUUUCUCGAGACAACGUCUUAGUAUACACAUGAUAUUUUAUUUAUUUUAUAGUGUUUUUUUAUUUUUUUAUUUCGGUUUUAAUAGUUUACGUUAAAUAACCGUAAAUUAAUUGUUUUUAUAAAUUACCCCUCCUCCCACCUCCAGUCAGAUUAGCUUUCAGAAAAAGUGCUAUUAUUGUAAAUCGGAGCAAAAUUGCUCGUAAUUAUCCACCAAAGUUAUCCACAGGAGAAAAAAUAAACAUCAUUGCAAACCGAAUACAUUCCUCGCUUCACUUAGAAUCUAAAAUUGUAAGAUGUGUAAUAAGUUGUUAAUAACGUCCUAGUAUACUUCUAAAUAGUACGCUGUUCAUAAUUAUUUUUCAUUGGCAAUGACAGAGCAUUUUGAUAACCGUCUACGUGUAUAAAUUACUCCAAUAUAAGUAUUUAUAGGAAAUUUAAGAUCACUAAGAUUAUUCUGACGGAAUUCCAAAAAUCAAAAAUAAUACAGUAGUACCCAAUCACAAUUCAGGGCAUUUUUUAGCAGACACUCCAAUAAGUUAAAAUUUUACUUACUGUGUUUCCGUUAAAAAAUAAAUGAAGUUGCUAAAAUAACUUUUGGAAAAAAAUAUUUUAUAUUGUAUAAAUACUACUGUCACUGGUAGGGGAGUCACUUUGGAAUGUUCGGUCUUUCUCUAAUGGAAUGGUGAGCGGAUACACAGUGGAUAUUCACGAAAAUAAUGUUUCUCCGACUCGCUUAAACUGUAUAAAAUUAGACACUGACCCAGUAAAUAUUUAGUCAAUUGCGAACCUUAAUUCGAAAUACAAAUAAGAUAUUUUCACUUUGAUGUUUUUAAUUUUUUUGUAUUGAUUGCAAAAUCAACUAUAAAUUGCCCUAUCCCGUUUCGUUAUAGAAUGAAUGGCCAUUAUUAAAUGGUUUACGAAAAUCAGUAACGCGUGCAACGUAUGAAUGGAAAGGUACAGUUUUUUUUUUCGACAAUAACCAAACCGAUUUAUUUUCCUUGGUAGCGUUUGACUGACUUUGGAAUCGGUUUAAUGCGAUCAACAUUUACCGGGUAACGGAAUGUAUUAUGAUGUAAAAAAAAUAAUUAAACCACAAGAGAAAAAUAAACAAUCAUUAAGUGAAUUAUAUAUAAUAUAGAUUAUAAAGAAAUUGGUUUAGAACCUUUUAAUCGAUAAACAAAUAAUUAAAAAAAAAGUAAAAAGAAAAUCAUAUUAUGGUGACAAAUAUUGCAUUCACAUUAAUUUCAUCGAAUAAAACUACUUUUGUUUAUUCGUUUUUUAUUAUUGUUUUUUUAGAAAAUUAUUUGAUUUUUUGAUACUGAAUAAAAACAAUAUAGGUAUAUUAGUUUUUAAAAUAAAAAAACAUUUUAUUAAGAGGGCGUGUUGCUACCACCAGCCCAUAAUUCGAUUGUAAAAACUUUUUUGUGCGGAAAAAACUACACUUACUAUAGAAUCAAUUAGGAACUUGAUUUUUACCAUUAAAUAGGAGAAACUGCACUGUGCAACAUUGUUUAUGUUUUUUUUUUUUUUAAUUUACAAAAGUUAAUAUUGUUUGAAAAUCGACUGAGUUGGAAUUAGGCCGACGGCUGACUAUGACUUCGAGUGGUAUAUCCACAUUGUGGAUGCCUAUAUUAUGUACAUAGAGGAUGUCCCACCAAGUUCUGCGGAUUAUAAAUAGCUUGAAUUUUUUUUAAAUUUAACCGUGUAUAGAAAAUGCAAAUAUAAGUAUUCUGUCUAAAUUUAAAGUUUAUACGAAUAUUUUAAACUGAAAUACAACAAAAAUAUAAAAAUGAAAACAAUACAACCAUUAUUUUAGUAAUUUUUUCCAUUUUUCCCAAUUAUUAAGAAAACUACUUAGAAAAUCAACUUCAUUAAAGUACCAGCAAGAUAAAAUUUCCUUUCAGUAAAAAUGCCUAGAAAAUUAGAGAAAGAUUUCUGAUAGAAAUUUUAAAACCAGUGUACAAAAUAUAAACAUAGUAAAACCAAUACAUUCCCCGAUUCACUCAGAAUCUAAAAUAACUUUCAUAAAUAAACUAUUUUUUAACUGAAAUAUUUUACUGCGCAUAUUAAAAAUGCAUAGUUUUAAAAUUGCAUAAGAAUGCUCGUUAUUUCCGAACUUUUAAAUGUAUAUUUUUCUAAAUUGUUGCACUUCACUACAUGAGCACAUACUUAUUUUAAGUCCUAAUCAUAAUUUAUGUCGGUUGUGAUUAAAAAAUGAGCCUUAUGAAGUAGUUUUUUUUUUUUUUAUAAACGUUUUUAGUUAAAAUAUUAAUGAAUAUCGAAAAAAAUACGAACAUUAAUUCAAAACAUAUUUAAUUUCGGUCAGAAUCAUUUUUUGUAACCAUUGAUUUAUCGUUUCGUACGGAAAUCCUACCUUUCCGACUUUUACUUUCAAUAGUGGCAGAUCUGUCUGUGGCAUUAGAUCGCUUUUGUUUUUUUUUUUUUUUUGUUUUUCACUAAGAUGGAAACCUAAAAAACAAGAAAGAUAUGGGUUUUAAGUUUUUUUUUGUUUUUUUUUUUGUCUUUGUGUACGUGUACUCAGUGAAAAUGUAUAAUAUGUAUUUAUAUUGAUAUAUUCGGCGAGUAAUUUCCGCGGAAAAGGAAGUACAAUCCCUUUCAUUUAACUUGAAAUUUCGAUUUCCCGCGGUAUGUCUACAAUACCAACGAUCUACUGCGCUAUAAGUAACAGUAGAUGUGAGAAAUUUCGAAAAACAAACCCUGAAAUAAACUACCGCUGUCUGAUAAAUAUCAUCAUAAAUGAUUGCACUUACACAAACAGACCUGCAGGUAAAAAUGUCAACAACUCUAUAAACAACAUCGUCGUGCAUUAUAAAGACGUAUUGAUGCCGAUAUACAUGACAUAUUGCGAACAAUUUGUAAGUGACUAUCAUAUCAUCGGUGUCGAUAAAAACAUCGUUUACGAUGACUCUGUGUAAUAUAUAAGUCCGUGACUAUGACGUAUAUUAUGUAACCGAAGAAACCACCGGCCGACUGCGGUAUUUUAGUUCUAUACACUUUUAACGAUUUAUGGGCUUCAAAUAAAAACGUAUUUAUCGAUCUUAAAACUGUAUACAAGUGGGUAGUGAUUACUUAAUUAUUAUUUUUUUUAUUUUUUUUAAUAAAAAAAUAUUACCAUAAUACCUAAUCCCUUUAACUAUGCACGUAAAUUAGGUGAAUAGUAAUGUUUCAAUAAACAUUAUAUAUGCUAGUACGUCGUGUAUUACAUCGUCCAGCAAUAUUUUUAUAAUCCACCCAGUAUAAAACUGUUAUAUUCUGUAGCGAGCGAUGUAUAUAUUAUUGGUUCUACUGCGAUGGGUAUUUUUUUUUUACUAUUUUUACUUUCUUCGCACCUUUUUGCCAAGUAAUAGGUGCUCUAUAUUGCCUAUGUAUUUUGGUGAAGUACUGACAUAACUGUAGUGAUUACAUGAUUGAAUUUUAAUUCUGAAAUACCGUUUAAAUUAAUACGCAACCAACACUUGUCUUGUGGUAAAUCAAUAAAAGAACAAUUGACAAACUGCUUUAAAAUUAAAUCAUUUAAUAUAAAAAAAUAAUAAUAAAUCAUUAAUCAUAUGUUCAAAAUGUAAAGAAAAAAAGAACCAUUUUACAUGAUUAAAUAAACCAUAAAAAACUAUAUUAAAAAACAAAUAGCAUCAUAAUAAUAUUAUAAAAAUUUUCAAACAUUAAAAAUUCACAUUAAGAUAACAUAGGGAAAAAGGCUAUUGGGGAGGUCUUUUCCUGUAAUAUUCGAUGAACAUUAUAGCAUAAUAGAUUUAAUUUCGUAUAAAUGACCUGUUCAGUAAAAAUAUCGGGUAUCAACUACUUAAAAAAAAAAAAGUUUAUAUUUUUAGUUUGUAACUUUAGAGUGGUGGAAUUCCGUAUGUAACUACGUUAUUAUAAUAAUUAUUGCAAUCGAAAUGUUGUUUUCGAUCCUUUGCUACAAGUUUAACGAUUGAAAUAUUAUGAUGGUAUCUAAGAAAUCAAUAUGUGUUUUUUUUAAUUUAAAAUAUCAGACUUUGAAUCGUAUUUUGAAAUUCACGAGUAAAAUAGUCCAGUACACAAAUGCCGUGUGUCAUUAUAAUAGAGUUUUCGAAAAAACCGUUUUAUUCUUUAUUAGUAUAUAUUUGAAUAUUUCAACGAACGUAGCUAAAAGUUUUUAAACAAGUUUUGAAAGAUUUCAAAUAAAUCUGAUCAAUUCUAUUACCUUCCUUUUUCAGUCAAAAAAAAUGAAUUCAUACGUCUUUCACUGCAACAGCGUUCAUCGUUCUUGGGAACACUGAUUUCGUUAUAUUUCUAUAUUUUAUUUUAAGAGCACUUAAAAAUUCGUUUUCUCUACCUUUUUCCCCUUAAGCUUUUUUCCGAUGAAAAAAAAAAAAUAUAUAUUUUAAAAGUUUUAUUUAAAGAGUUUAAAACAAUAUUAGAAAAAAAAGCGAUCGCCGGAAUACAGAUACGUGGCUCGUAAAAUGACAAAAUUUUCAUCACGUAUAUAUAGAACAUAAUUAUGUAUAGUUAUAUAAUAAGUAUAUCGUAUAUGUCAAGUAUAUUAAAAAUUAUAACCAGUCCAUACAACUGCUUCCAACGUAAUAUAAAAUAAUAUUUUUAAAAAUCUAAUAAUUCAAUAAUUUACCACUCAUUUUCUAAUCGACAAACAGUAAGCAAAAAAGUAAAUUUCUUUACAUGGGCCAAAUCAACUUUACUGUGUGUCCAUUUGAACACUGAAAAUCUCCUUAAAAAUUUCUCCACUAUAUAAUUAUGUAUAAAUAAAAUAUUAAUACAUGACUUUGUUUUCCAUUUCAGGUGACCUUAUCCAUAUCGAUUUUGAUCAGUCUUCACGUGUUCUUCUUGCUCGUUGUCGAAAUAAUACCACCAACAUCAUUGGUGGUCCCACUUUUAGGCAAAUAUUUGAUAUUUGCUAUGAUAUUGGUUUCUAUAAGGUAAGUCCAAUAUCAUCAAAACUACGUCGAUUUAUACAAAUAUUAUGUCAGUAAGUUUAUGAAUUAAAUCAAAACCGAGAAACGUAAAUUAUUAUAAUAUUCAAAUAGUUGACGAUUACAAUUUAUAAACUAAAAUUUAUUUUGAACAAAACACGUGUAAUAAAAUAUUGUAAAUUCAACUAUAUAAAUUUUUAAAAAAAAUUUUAAUAUUUUCAAUAUGUAAAUUUUACGAAAGUACAAAUGUUCGAAAACGUAAAUACCAAAUGUUCAUAAACAUCAAAAUAUAUCAUAAUAAAACACAGGCCAGAAUGAUUAUUUUAUCAUAAUUCAAAUAUUAUACAUGUAGAUUUUGAGUAGAUAUUUGUUUUAAGUCAAAUUUUCUAAAUGUAAAUUAGUAAAAAGUAAAAAAUUUCAGUUAAAUAAACAUGAUAUUUAGUUAUCAAUAAAUAUAUAUUUAAAAUUACGCAACAAUUUAUCGGUAGAAAAUAUUUAUAAUUCAUAGACGAUAAAUCGUAUGUAUAAUUUUAUGCAUAUCGAAAUUGUCCACUCGGAAAAAAAAAAUUUUACUAAACACCCGGAUUUUCCAAUGCAGUUUUCAAUAUAAUAUUGUAAUAAUAUGUUUUAAACAGCUUUUUAGCAAUUUGUACGAAACAUUUAAAACGGACAUUUUAAAUAUGCGGUUGACAACAUAGCAACCCCAAAUCAAUUUGGGGUAUGAUAUAAUAGAAUUGCAUCCCACACACAUUUAUCGUAUUGCUGAAGGUGUUAUCGAACGCAGUUUAUAGAUAUUGCUUAUUAGCAUAGUUUGUUUGUAUUACAAUGAAAUAUAAAAAUAUAUAUUAUUUAUAAAUCGUGAAUAUUUUUAAUUACACUGUCAAGAACUUUCGUAAGAUCCAGUACGAAAUUAUGUCAAGUCAUACUUCAAAAAUCCCGUAUAGGUAGCGCUGUAUUAUAUUAUAUACGAGUACAUGAAUAGUCGAAUGCUCAAUUAAACACGUAUUAACCCUUCCGUAACGAAAUUUAAUUGGAUUCGAAUAUCCGACGCUUAUACUCGACUUUAUGAUGUCUAUAAAUAUAAUAUAUAGGUACGCAGUAUAGCAUACAAAUACAAUAAGUGACAAGAGCCAAUACGAGCGGUUGACGUUUAUAUUUCGAAUUGUCCGUUUUCGACGUUAUUUAGUGCAUAACAAUAAAUGGUGAUUGGCAAUAUUACGUAUCACAAAACGGAGUAUUUCACAAAGAACCGAAUUUUAAUUACACCAAAUUAUUAGUAUAAUAUUAUUACCGUUAUUCACAAUAUAACACCGAAAUAAAAUAAAGUCCUGGCGGUAGGGGCGUUUUUAGGGAUGGGCACGGGGAGAGGUAUUGGCUUUGGUUGUCGCAUUUCAAGAGGGCGUUGGAAUCAUUUAAAACGUAGUAAAGUAGUCGUUUUCCCAAAGUUUACAUUUUGGGUCAUUUUUCUUGAGUUUUGUACGGUCCAAAACAAUAAUUGUUUGAUAAUUUUAUCGAAAAAUCCGAACGUAGAAUUCGGGUGCUACCUGCAUAGUAAUAAUUAAUAAUAACCGUUAAUAUUAUAUUAUACUAAAUACGAAACAAAUUUGAUUUUUUUUUUUUUUUUUUUUUGGUGAGAAUUUGCUUACUACCUAAUAGUGACGAAUAUAAUAUUAUUUACCUAGAGAUAACGAAAAUGUGCAUCAUACUGAAUAAAUACAGUCGUUUUUACAAAAUCUUUGUGUUCAAUGUCCCGAAUAAAUAAAUGAGCUCCGUUGUACUCUAGUCCUAUACAUGCUUAUGUUAAAGAAAAUAAUGGAUAAUAUUGCCCAGGUACUUUUACAUUAGAUUAUAUUAUCAGUUAUUAACUAUUGAGGAAAUAAAGAGCCAAAAGAAUUUAAAUAGUGCAUCUUGUAACACAUUCUGGUAAAAAAUAUAAUAGAUUUUUUUGCUUACAUUCGGAUCGAAUGCAACCUAAUAUCUUUGAAUGAACAUAUUCAACAUAUUUUUGUGUAGAUAUAAGGGGAUUUUUUUUUCUAUCAUUGUCAUUUUAAACAGUGAUUUUCUUGGAGGAUUUGAAAUAAUUUCGAUUCAUUUUUUCUUUCCGACACCAUUAUGAAAUUGAUCAAGUUCUAUUUAAUAACUAUUUUAAAAUUGUUUUUCCAAACAUUAAAUGAAUAUAUUAAAUUGUAUUGUGCAAUGGCACACUCUCACCGUAUUUUCGAACAAAGAUUCAAGAGAAGAAUAUUUUUCUAAAAAUGUCGAUGUGCAUAAUAGUAGUAUCGGAUAGGUACAUACCUGUUAAUGAGUUCUAACAGUUUAAAAUUUAGACCGGAAAAGUAAUACAUUACAGUAAUUAAACACACGUGUCUUUAGAUAAUCACUGUUUCCUAUUCUUCUGGUCUAAAUUUCGAAUUGUUCAAAAUCCGUAAAUGGUAUAAUGUUAUAAGUGUUACGCAUAGCAAAAUGUUUAGAACAAUAUUGUCUAUAUGUUUUAAAAUCAAAAAAUAAUCAUUUCGUUUGAGGUGAACGGAAUAAUGAUACGAUUUUUUUUUAAAUAUUGUAAAUAGGAUCAUUAUUAUAAACGAUUCUAUAACAUGAUUGAAAAAACAAAAAUCAAUUUUACUCGAGAUCUUUGCGUACAAUCAAUAAAACAUCAGUAUUUAUUGAACACACGAUUGUGUUUAAUUUACUAAUAAUAACGGCCCUCGGUAAUUAUUUGUUCAGAAAUAGUCAGACCGGUUAUUAUUGUGAUUUCGUAAUGCAUGUAAAAAGCAAAAAAGCCUAUUCCAUAUUUUCGGUAAAAAAUCAAUGCACGUAAAAUAACAUAGUAAAGCAUAUUGCAAUCAAAAUCGUCCAUCGCAAAAACACAAUAUUUGGGUUAACUACCUUAUAUUGGUAUACGUGAUAUUUGAAUGCAUGGAAAUCGAACGAAAUAAUAAAAUAACAAUGAUCGCAUGAACAACGAAAUGAAAACAUUAUAAAUAUCGUAGGUUCGAGGGAGUUUUUACUAGUAUGAGAUAUGGGAAAUGGUUUUGUUUGCUACUAUAUUCUGAUAAUUCGAUUAAAUCCCAAUGGUACACAAUAAUAAUAUGAUGUUUUCAUAGAUUUUAUUGAUAUUUCACACACUAUUAUAAAAUACUUACACGAAUAGGUAAACAUUACGAGUGUGUAACGGAUCACGAACACCUAUAAUUUGAUUUCGAAUCUCGUAUUUCCGUUUGAGUUUUUUUUUUUUUUUAUUUAUUUAUUCGGACCCGUUUUUACAUCCAAAUUCGAUUACGAUUGUUUUUGUUAUUGUAGUUAUUGUUCUGCAGCGGGAAAAGUGAUAAUUCUAAAUCGGUCAAGUUCGAUACUAAAAUUCUAUUAGUAAGUUUAUGUGUACACGAUGUACAUAUAUAUAUAUAGGUACACAGUUUAGAGUUUGUCGCCGUUUGUUAGUAAAAAGUUUUCUAUACGUACACUACACAUACGCAUAAACAUACGGAUAUUUGGCUUUGUUGAGGAGAAAAACUUGGAAGAUAUGCGGAUCGCAAAGUAUGGUUUUACUAAUUAAACGUAUAAAUCAAACAACGUUAAACGAACUUUAAUUUGGACUUCGCGAAACCAUCUCCCUCUCUCUCGCUGAGUCUGGUAAAGGCUUCGUAUUAAUCGUCGUACGAUUUCCACGCGUUUGACGAUUGUAUAUUACGUAUUAUUUUUCAAAUUAUCAUCAGUUAGUUGUAAUAUUUUCAUAAAUAAUAAACUAUAAAAAAAAUCGAUUAGUUGAUUAGGAAUCUUUUGGAUCGGCUUUUAAAUGGAAAUAAUCGCUGCUUCGUACGAAACAUGAUAUCUACCGAAAGUCAAUCCCUCAUACACGUAUACAUAUCAACGCUACUUAAUUAUUGAUUAUUUUCAUUUUUAUUUAUUUCACCGGAAGUGCCAGAAAUCUCAUCGCCAAAUAGCCGUGUCGAUUGUACACGGCGAUUUUUUUUAUUGUGAAUAAUAUGAUAGGUAAUAACUUGCUUAUCUACAACCUUUCCCAACUCCUCUAGUUUAAACUUUAUAUUGUUAUAACUCUUAAACGAUAAAUCGGAUUUUAGUGUUAUGCAUAUUAAAAUUUCUAGAAAAAAAUUUUGUAUUCAAAUCUGUGUUUCUGAGAUCCUCUGAGAAUUAUCUCAGAGAAUUUUUAACCAGCAAAACCAGCAAUUAUGCUGGUUUGAGAUAAAAAAAAAAUCACUCUGUAUUGUUUCAUUUCACUGGUUGCGUCAUAUCGAUCAUUCGAUAAAGUUGUUGGGGUAUAUAAAUACCUGUGUACUGCUACAAAUUAUCUGACGAAAAUUAUACGCCCCGGCAAUACGACGUGAAAUAAUUGGAAAGCGAACAAUUUUAUCUUCUCCUAGAUUUAUUUAACGGAUUUUAUUACUUGAAUAAUAUGAUUCGUUAAAUUUUUUGUUCGUUUUUUUGAAAUUAUAUCGUAGUAUACCUAGCUAUUAUGAUUUCCGUAGGGUAUUACGUAUACGUAGCGUACGCAUUAAUCCAAUGCGUAUACAACAAAACAUAUAUUGAUAGCAUUUGAUGUUCUGAGACGGACGAAUACAUGUCUCAUAUCAUAUCAAUGAAAUCAUGCAAAUUCUAUAAUCAAUUUAAAAAUGCAUCGCAAACUAAAAACGAUUCUGUAUAGGGUUCGAUUAAUCAUUUGAAAGUGCAGCAAAAAGUAUUUUGGCAUGUUUUAAUUGGAGCAGAUUACUAAUGGAAAAAAAAAAUAAGCACACAAUAUCACAGUGAAACCAAUACAUUCCUCGCUACGCUCGAAAUCUAAUACGAGGAUAAGUAUAUAUGAUAUCAUACUGUUCUUCAUAUUUCUAGACAAUAAUGUAAUAUAUUAUUUCACACAUCGAGAGUCGAGACCCGUUCGUACUGCUCGUAAAAACAUUAAUAACAAUGGAAAUAAUAAUAUCCUCGCGUUGCCGGGCUGGAUGUUAGUGUGUACGUAGGUAUACAAACAUUUCCUGUGCCGGCGAUAUCGGGGUGACGGUUAAUAGGGUUGGAACAAAAAACACAAUAAAAAAGACGCUAAAAACUGCUUUGGAAUCCUAUUCCAUUUGGUGGACACAAACGUGUACGUAUUUAGGUACAUGAUAAUGCUCUCACGUAUUCCAUUUCAGAUUGAAGCAAAGGUCACAAAAAAAAAAAAUAAAAAAUAAAAAUAUAUUGCAUCCUAUUGUUUUCGCUUUUUCUUUAUUUAUUAUUAUUGUUAUUAUUUUAUUUUUGUAUAUAGCUUUCACAGCGUGAUAAACUUUGAAACCGUUAUUGUGUUACAUAAUAUAUAUAUACAUAAAUAAAAAAAAAACCUCAUGGCUUUUUAUUCGCAUAUUUUUUUUAUUUAUAUUUUUAAGUUUAAAUAUUCAAUAUAAAAAACGUGUCGCCCAUUAUCAAUUCGGUGUUAUCUUAUUUUCAAUGGAAUCCUACUAUACGACGCUUAUAAUAUUCGACCGUCCUAUAUUUCAAAAAAACUGCGCACUUAUUUCAUCACAAAUGAUUAAUAUUUAGAUAAAUAAUUAUGGAAGUAAAACAUAUUGAACGGUAUUUAUUGAACAAAUUCAAAUUAUAUUAUUAAAUAUUAUAGGUUAUUUCCACGUUAUAUAUAAAUUUUAUAAUAUUAAGAAUAAAUAAUGAUUAAUUAUCAUGGAUAGAAAAAUCGAAGUUCUGAUAAGUGUGUUUUAAAAUGCCUUAAUUUUUAAACUAAAUUAAAUUUAAACAUAAAACUAUUAAAAAAAUUACUAACUCACGCUUAUCAUAUUUUUUUUUUUUUUUUUUUUUUUAACACUAUGUAUAAUAUGUAAUAAUAUGUAUAACUUAUGAUGAAUCUUCUGUUAAAUUUCCAAGCAUUUUUAUUAAGCCAAAAUAAUUCAAUCUAUACAAUUCUAAAAAAUCAAAUGGUUUGAAAAUUGAAAAUUAUACCACAGCCAAAAAGGCCUCAUAUCAAAAAUAUCCGAUGAUAAUUUUAGAGUUCUACGAUUAUUGAAUCACAACGGAAAUUCAUUACAACAGAAAAAAAAAAAAAACAAAAAUUAUAGAAACCCCACCAUUGCGUAAAUUGUUUCCUUUUCUAAGGUUAUUUCUCAAUUAUUAACAAAGCUAAUAAAUAUUAUUAAAAAAUGACUUUUUCAAUGCACCAAAAUAACAACAUAUUCUAUCAGAAUAUAAAAAGGUUAAUAAAACUAAUUAUUAUACCUAACCAUUAACUUUCAAGUACAGUAUUCGCUAGUGUUAUUAGGUAUUUCACUCUACAAAACGGCCAGUCAGCCUUAUGUUUUAAAUUUGAUUUUAAAGACGUCUCUAUGCACCGUAUAUGUUUACAUAAAUAAUGUAUCAUUUUACAUAGCUCCAUUGUACACGAGCUUCUGCGUUGUUCUCUUUUGACCACGCAAAAACACAAAAACCGCAAAACAAAAUUUAUUACACGAUCUUUUUCUAUUCGUAAACAACCGUUUCAGCGGGAUUUAUAUUUUAUUUUAACUAACCAACUUUCAAGAUUUUGAUUUUCAAAUCGCUACCAGUAUAAUAUUAUUAUCAUCGUUAUUGAUCUUUCAAUUUUCGGAAUCGGGUCUUCGUCUAUAAACGAUUAUCUUUUUUUGUAUAUUUCUAACUGGUCGGAAUUUCCAUAUUUUUUUUUUAUGGCGGUAGGUAGUAGUUACAAAUAUAAACGACUACCGAUCAUACAUAGAUAUUUGGUUUUCAGAAGGACAUCACAAUUUUAUUUAUAUUAAAUUCUGCGUGCGGUACUUAUGCACUUCGUAAUCGAUAUUUUGAUUGCUCAUUUCUACCCGUAGGUAUUUUAAAUAAAAUGAAUCAACCGCUCAUGCAGUCGGUGUCUCGCAGUAGUUCUACUUGAAAUUUCAAUUAAAAUUCGGUAAAAAUAAAAUAUAAUAAAACCAACACGUUCAAUUACCGUUCGGCUUUGUCAAAUCAGUCGAUUCCGGGCCGAUGGUUUUGAAAUUUAAUGUUAAACGUAGUCGACUGGAAUUUUUAUCAGAGUUUAUUCGCAGUGUAUUUCGAAUUUCUAUCAAAACCGAUCAGACAAGAGAAUAUUAUAAUGUUAUAUUUAUUUUAACCAUCAUUAUUCAUAUUUUGCUAACGGGGUUGAGACGACGAGAAGUUUAUACAAAUCCAAACAACUAAAUUCCGGUUGGCUAUCGAUUCGUUCGGUUGAUGGAAACGUUUCGGGGCAACUUUCUACACGAUAUGAGAUAUAAUUUUGAACAGUACGCCUCGAAUUCAAUUAGCUGUUUGUUGGUUAAAGUAAAUUAUAUAUUGAUUAUAGGGCGUUUGGUUAUUUCCCAUCACCGUAACUUACUUACUUAUCGAAACGCGUAUAUUAAUUGUAGAACAAACUUAUUUCAAGUUAACAGUAACUUAUGUUAUAAAUUGAUAUUUCUAUCUAAGCGACUCGAGUUCCGACUAAAGAUACGGUUUCACUACAUAACUUUGGUGAUUAUGACAGUUGAAUUUUUUCGUUUAAGAUGUUCUGAAUACAGGGGGUCAGCUAUUUGUUUCACAAUAGGUUUUAAGAUGAUCGCUUUUUCAAAAUUUUUAUGAGUUUAUAACAAUUUUCGAAUCUUUAAAAGAUGAUAUUAUUCUACAUUGGCUAAAUGCUCAAUAUCCUUACAGUAUACUGCGCUAAGUUCCAUGCAAGGCUAUAUUAUCUGGAGGUCCAGCAAAAAGUACUAUUCAUUAUUUGCAAGAUAAAUGUAAAUUAUGUUCGGAAUAAAAAUAAUAGACGAUUUUAUUUAACUUCUAAAUUCCCCCACCCAUAAAAAAAAAAAAUAUGAUAAAUGCCCAUAUGGCAACUCAGUCUCCAAUCAAAUAUCAUAAUCAUAUUUUCAGAAUAUCUAUUAACAGUGGUAAUUCUUAUAGUAACAUCAUUUUAUUAUAUUAAUAUAAUCAAAAUAUCAUUUGAUCAAUAGUUUUUUUAAUAUUUUAUUAAAAAUAUUAUUUUAAUAAUCAAAUUAUAAGGUUGUAUUAUUCAAAUAUUUACAAUAUACAUUUUUUUCCAAGUAAUUAUUUGAUACAUAAUAUAAUUUUUUUUUUUUUUAUACACAUGAAUUAUGUUUACACAAUAUUAUCAUUACACAAAUACUAUCUGGGAUAUAUACAAAAAAAUAUACCAAGUUCAAUAAUAAUUUGCGAGUAAAUUACAAUAUGAUUUAUAAUAUCGUUGUUUUUAUUUUUUUUCUCCACAUGGAAGAAACAAAUUGAUAGACUUUGGGAAAUGAAAAUCAAUAAAUAUGAACAUAUUUUGCAUCCGUUUCGAUGUAUAUCAUGUCCGAAUUUCGAACAAACCACGGAUUUUAAUUCGAAUAAUUCGGGUUUAUUUCUAUACUUUGUCGAAAAACUUUACGCAUUUCAUCUUUUGAAUAAAGAUAUACUGAUAACAUAACACCUAACCUGUAUAACGAUGUUAAGGUAUAAAUGCUAUAACGGUGCGAUAUUUUUUUUUCACUCGUAUAUUAUAGCGGUCUAUUUUAAAUGGUUACUUAUUAAAAACAAGUGUGAUUUUUUAUUUUUUACGAAUUUUUGUCGUGUAGACCUUUUUUUUUAUUUCAUCGUCAUCGUUAUUAAUAUAACGUAAUUAAAUAUUCGUUUAACGUUGCGUAUAUAUAUAUUAUAGGUAUUCAAUUUUUUUCUACGCGUUCAAUUUCGCGUGCAAUCGCCCGGUUUUGAAUAGCACUUAAAUCUAAUGGCUUUGGCGACCAUACAGGAAUCCAUUCUCAAAAUGGUAAUACAGUGUUAAUAUAUUAAUAAUAUAAUGUAAUAUAGAUCAAUAUAAUUUCCGAAACGAUUAUAAUAAUAUUCAGAUAUAAAUUAUCGUAAUGGGUUAAAUUAUGCGCCGCGGCGAAAGUAAAUAAUUGUUUAUUUCCACUUGCAGUCUUAUAUUAUAACAAAAUAUAUCAAUAUUUUUAUUUUUUUUUUAUUUUGCCCCAUUGAAUUGUGUCCGUAGGUAAAUAUAUUACAUUAUACGUAUUUUCGCCUGUACCUACCUAGAUCGUUUCAAACUAUUAUUUGGUUAAAUAUUAUAAUAAAUAUACAGCCCGGAUUCAAAUGUCAAAAAAUUGUUAAAAAUUCUCAAAAACAAAAAACAAAUCACGUUUAGAAGUAUUUUGAAACGAAUUAACCUAGAGGUAAGGCACCUCCUAACAAAAAUAAGAACAUAUUAGUCGCAUAGCUUUGAAUAACAAUACAAACCAAAUAUACAUUUUGACAUCAGAAUUUAUAAUAUUCAAAGAAUAUCGAAAUUACGUGUAGAGUAGUAUUAGUUAGAGGAGGCUGUGAUAGUUAUCAAUAACUGUGAGAUGGUUUUAUCUAAACUUAAAAAUCGUCCCGUCUCGUUGCGUUUUUUUUAGAAAUAUAUUGAUACAGCAGAGAUGAAUCAUUUCAUGCGGAAAAAGAUUCCACUGAGUGGAACUAAAGUUUUGACGUUCUUCUCGUCAUCUGCAGCAGCUGCUCAGAUUUCUCGCAAUAAUUUCACGAAAGGCGUCAAACCGAGAAUAAUGUCAAAAACGUGUACCUUUGGCGUUCAAUUAUGUAUUAAAUCUUAAGAACUGUGCCAGACUGAGUCGUCACAAAAAAUGUUUCCCCGAGAGAAAAAAAAGGAACAUCAUUGUAAAAAUUAAUAAUUCUGUCCGGAAUAUAACAAUUAAAUACGCUAACAUUGUAAUAAUAUUAUUUUAAAAUCAUCACCAUCGAAAAAGAUUCUAAUCGUUGUGGUCAAACAUUUCUCGUUACAUUUAAAUUGAAAGUUUGAUCAAAUUAUUUUAACAAUGAAAUUAAUUGCAAAUGGUUUUUAACUAAUUUCAAUCGUAAAUUUAAAAUUAAACAAGUAAAAAAAACUAAACUAAACUUUUUGUUUCAACGCCAAGCACCUACACAUUUUAAUUAAAUAUCUAUUCUUAGUUUUUUAACACUGUUAUUAAAAUAAUGUAAUUCGUAUAAAUCGAAAAAUAGAAUGCAAAAUAAAUGAUUAUAAUUAAUACAAUUUUCGUUAAAAUUUGAAUUUCAAACACCUGUAACACAAACAUCGUGACUAUAGAUGUCAAUAUUUUUAGAACGCCAUGGUUAACCAUGAAUUAAAUUUUUUAAUAUUAUGAUAAUCUAAACAAAUUGUAUCCGAAUUUAACCAGAAAAAAAAAUUAUAACUAACUUAAAUUACGCCAACAUAUUUUGUAUAAUAUAAUACCACGACUAUAGAAAAUGCUAUUAUAAAUAAGUACUCGGUGGAAAUUGUUUGUCUCAGCGAUUAUUUUUCACUUAACUACAACAAAAAUAAAACAACUAAACUUUAUUUUUGUAAAUAUGUUCGUUUUUGUCGCUUAGUAAAAAGAAAAUCUAAAUGUGACUUCAUCAUUACAUACCUACUAGACAACAUUUUCUACUAGAUACCAACACACUCAACUAGGAGUUGACGUUUAAAUAAAAGUUCGGAAUCAUUAAAGAAAAUAACGAUAGUUGUUGUAUAACUUACAUUAUUGCCAGAAACGAAAUCGGUUUAGGCAAUUUAAAUUGAUACGAACAGCAAUAGAACACGUUCGAACUUAUAUCUUCCAAAUCGAAAAAUAAAAUUGAUUAGAUAGAAAACAUAGACUUAUUUAAUUUAUAUAAUAUGUACACUAUGAGAAAUCAUUGACAACGAAAAAUAAUUCGGCUAAAACAAAGUUGAAAACAAAGAUCGGUUUAAAAUGAUAUUUUACCACAUCUAGAAAAUGCUAAUAUAAGUACUAUUUGAACAUUUCAAUUAUCCAAAAUCAUUUUUAAUAAGAAAAAAAAAUCGAAAAUAAUGAAAUCGUUGUUGGUUUUUCUUAUAUUUUUUUUUCGUUUUUCACGUUUUCCUCGGUUUUAAUAGGAACAUAAAAAACUUGCCUUCCCAAUGAAACGUCUAAAUGCUUAAAAUUUGCUUUCGGAAUAUAUAUAUGCAACACUGGAAAAACGGAACAAUGUUUCAGACACGAUAAAACGUUUAAAAACGCACACAUCAAAAUAAAACCAAUACGUUCCUCGCUGCGCUCAGCAUCUAAAAUGAUCGUAUUGCAUUAGGUAUUUCUAUUCUCACCGAAAUAAUAAUCCAACAUUACAUUGUCUGCGGGAAUAAUAAAUUAUAUUUGCGCAGUAUUUAUCAACGGGCAGAAUAACUGGAGCAAUAAUAAUAUUUUGCUGUUUGGGAAUACAGUAUUACUGUUAUAGAAAUGUGCCACUAAAUUAAAAACCCUUCAAACACACGUGUACUGUACACUAUAACAUCGAGCAACAGCUGCUGUACAAUACGUGCAUAAUCAAAUGCGGUUUUUUUUUUUUUUUUUGAUCGAAAUAAUUCGGCCCGUUGGCUUACUGCAAUAAUAUUAUUAUUUCGACCGCGACAUUUUAAUGUUUGAACAAUGUAAUAUUUUGUUUAGUUGUUUUGUACCUAUAUAGACCGUAGUUAUACGAAAAGCUUUUGGGAACAAAUUUAUUUUCAUCGUGGACGGCCACAGCGUCACAGGGAUUGCAGUGAACAAAACUCGAGGUCAUCGCCCAUGAGUGUGACACACGUGAAUGUGGGGCUAUAUAGGGCAGCUAGGUAUCAUAGGUUAAACUAGACAACCAUGGUAGAGAGAACAAUCAAUUAUUUUAAAUCACACCAAGAGGGAGGAGGUCACCAUUUAUCAGAGUUAGAAAAAAAAAAUGCUAUUUUCUAUCCAAAAAUAUUUUUGUGGUGGGAAUAAUCCACGAAUUUGGCCAAAAAAAAUGUCUUUCCCUGUAGACCCGUGAAUUUAUAUAUAAUGCCUAUAAUGGUAGUCGUUUUAGACAUUUAGGACUGAAGUGGUAGAAUAGGUAGGAGAGGUAGACAAUAUUGUGGUAAAUAUAUUUCAAACUCUAAGCAUAAUAUCCAAUAUUACACGAAAUGGCACCCCAUUUCCUUUUUCACCUUUCACAUAUCUUAAAGUCUAAGCAAUUGCAUUAUUGAAACACUGUUCGCAUCAUUACUGUAGGCAGGUAUAUCAUACUAUGAUUGAGUUUUAUAAAACGUAUUCGUCGACUAAAUAGAAUAAAUUUUAGUGGGUGAACAUAAAAUUGAAUCGUCGCGGGUCAGAUUGAAAUUUCAAAAUUAAAUUUAUAUGAUUUCCGGGCCCCCGAAUUUGUUUCUUAGAUAAGUAUAAAACUAAUAACUGUCUAUGAACGACACACAAGCGAUUGACCUAAGAAGGGUUUAAAAAUUCAAUUCAGAGGAGAGGGAGCAUAAAAAGAGAUUCGAAAUAAUACUGUUUGCACGAUAAUGUCGGAAGUUAGCAAUUGUAUUUCAUUAAAAUAUUCAAAGGUUUAAUAUUACGAUUGUAAUAAUGUUUCUUAUUAUAAAUAUGAAACUUUCAAUAUUCUAUAAUAUGUCUGUGAGGACUCAGAUUUUUUUGUUACGCUCUAAUAAUUCUUUAAGCUUUAUAUUUUUCUCGGUGAGCCGUAUGUAAUACGAAUUGAUUCGAAGGAGAAAAAAACAUUUAUCUAUUUAUUCAUCUUUUGGAGUAUUAUUAUUAUUGAUAGAAAAAAAAAUAAUCUUUUUUUGUGAAAAAUAACACAUAUUAUUUUGCUUCAAAUAUCCGAUAUAAUGCGUUUUAAACUUCAAAUUUCUUAAUAUAAUUUAUUGUAAAUUAAAAUUGUGUUGGAUAAUAUAAUUGUUUAUAUGAUAAUAUAGUGGAACAAUUGAACUUGUUUUUUCUUAUGAAUGUAUGUUUUAUAAUUUUACUAUUUAAAACUAUUAAAAUCUAGGUCCAAUCUCUUCAGAUUGUAUACAUAUAAUUCGUCCAGAAUGUUACCUGUAUACAGUGUAUGUACUAUGAUUUUUCACAUGUAGAGUGUUCCACGAAGCUAUAUCAUAACGAGAUCUCGGAAUUUUUCGACAUUUUAAGAAACAAGCGGCUUUAAAAUUUUAUAUUUCCAUCAAAUGUUGCUGACCACGUCUUUAUGAUGGUCUUUCCACUGCUUUAUCAUUGUCUAAACUUAAUAGCGAAACAUCUCGUUAACGAAUUGAUAAAAACUACAAAUGUCAACAGUGACGUUUAGAUUUACUGUUAUCUAUUAAUGGAAUAUUUAUAAAAUAAGCUGUUAUUUGAAAAUCACAAUCACCAACAGUGGUGGUUUCACCUUCGAAAAUAAGGGUAACAAAAAAAAAAAAACGGUAAUAUAACAUUUUAGAGCUAUUCGGUUCAUAAAUAAUUUAUAAACAGAGUAGCUCGAAAUUUCAUACUUUCCGAGAUAUUGUAAGGGGAUUUUUUUUGUAGGACAGUGUAAAAUUAUUUAUUUUGUUUUUAAAGUGAUAUAUUUAUUUUUAAUUUACCGGACUCUAUUACGCGUAUUUUUACGUUUUGUUAACUUUACAGUUAUUUAUUACUUCUCUACUAAAUGUUGGUGCACGAUGUGUUUUUUUUUUCAGUAUAUGUGUGACCGUGGUGGUGUUGAACGUUCAUUUUCGAUCACCACAAACGCACAGAAUGGCACCUUGGGUGAAGCGAGUGUUCAUUCAUAUCCUGCCCAGACUUUUGGUAAUGCGAAGACCUCAGUAUCAGUUUGAACCGAACAAGUAAUGUAUAAGAUACCUAUGCAAGAUAACAUUUUUUUUAAGAGAAAAAUUAAAUUAUUAUUUUCAUCUCUUCAUUAUCAAAAAAAAUUACUUUUUUAAUUAAUUAGCCAUUUUGCAAAAAUAUUAUUAUUAUAGAACAUUUUGUUACCUAUAUCACUCAUUCAUAUCCGAUUAACAGUUACUUAGUUAUAGUGGCUUUAAUAUGAUAUAGAAAAUAGGCGUGAAAACAAUUAAUAUUCAAUAAAAGAUAAGGAAUGGCCGCGCUGAGUUUUAAAAAGUAGAAAAAUAAAAAGUAAUUGUAUGUGUCCUCGUCAUACAAAACCCGAUUAAAAAAAAAAAAAAUGAACAUUUAAAAAGAGUUAUUAUCAUAAGGAUAACACUGUAAAACACUCUGUAUAAUACUAUGAUAUAUGAAUAACAAGGUAAAAUCGAUACAUCGGCUAUUUGUAUAUUUUACACGUUAAAAAUUAAAUAUAAAUAUCGAAAAAUCGUGUGGACAAAAUAAACGCGCGUAAACCAAAAUUAAAUUUGUAGUACGCUUGUUUUCUUUAUUUUAUUUUGGAUUUCUCGCAGUUGGACCUACCUACCUGUCGUUCUGUUUUGGUAUUCUGCCCGACAAUUGUAAUUUAUAAAGCAUUUACCUACACCCUUGUUAAUAAUAAAAUACCUACGCCGUUAGAACAAUUUAUCAGUGUGGUUGAACAUAAUAAUACGUUUAGAUUGAUGUAUUUAUUUAAACGUACCUACCCACUCGGAUCUAAAUAAAAUUAUAUGGUUAUUUUUAUUUUUUUUUUUUUUUUUAUCAAAUAUUUAUUGGGAUUCUAAAACCUGUACAUUCGCCCAAAUAUAUUUAAAACCUACUAUAAAUUUCCUUAACAUGUUAUUGUAAUAUAUUUCUCGUCAAAUUAUAUUAUUUAUUUUAAGAAUUAACAUAAUGUUUUAAAAAUUAACGUUUGAAAUCUAAAAAAAAAAACCAAAAAUAAUGAAGUUCAUUAACCGCGGGGAUUGAAUUUUAAUCGUUUUAAUAAUAUUUUUAAUAGUAAUUGUGCUCGUUACAAUAAUAGGCAUUGCAAGUUACAAUAAAUUAUAAUUUAUUUAUUUAUUAUUUGUAUAUUUAUUUGGCAGUAUAAACGACGUAACAAGGGAAAAAUUAUAAUUCGGCGUAAUUAUAAUUUUUCUAAAUGAUGGUUUUUUUUUUUUUUUUUAAUUAAACGUCCUACAGUUUUCGGCCAAAUUUAGUAAUUUAAAUUUAACGUUAUUCCCGUAAUCCGAUCAAGCCGAAUUUUCGCGCACGCUUUUAGUAUUAUAAUGAAAAUACAAACUUCAAAUAUUAAAAAAUUAAAAAUGUUAAUUCAUAUUAUUUUGUUAGUAUUAUUUUAUUCAAAUUACAUGAAUGUAAAAAUGCUCAUGAAAAAAACUACAUGUUAGGCCAUAAUGUACUAUUACUACUAUUAAACAGAAAUCAAAAAUCGCAAUUACACAAAGUUUGUCUUUCUUUAUUAUUCCGAAGGUAGUUGACGGGCGUUUAGUAAACUAUAAUAGAUACUGUUUUGUAUGAUAAAACACUGUACAAAUAUGGUACAUUAGUACCUACAAUAGGUAUACCUAUUAAAUAUGCAUUAUUAUGUGUUAUACACAUACACACGAAUACGCACACGCACACGCAAACACACAGGCAGCCGAAAAAUCAUAAUAAAUUAUACUCACAUAACAUACUUUGAUUAUGAUGGCGGUUUUUUUAAACGGAUAUAAAUUUUGGCAAAUAUCAAGCAAUCAAGAUUCAUUGAAAUAAGGUUUUUAAUAAAUGACACGUAGAACUUCGUGCAUGCAAAAAAUAACGACAUUUAUAAUAAUUAUUGUUUUAUAUACACACAUCUAUGAGUAUAAAUCAUUUUAAUUAAUAUCAGUCACAUUGUUUACAGAUUAUGUUUAUUAUUCGCGUAUACUUGCAGCUUAAAAAAUAGUAUUAUACAUUUCCUACUAAGACUUGUUAAACAUUUUUGGGAAUUUGCUGGAAAAAGUUUUAAAACUAGUUAAAUAUUAAAGUAUAUAGUACUAAAUAAAUACAUUCCUAGCACUACAUAUGAAAUACAAAUUUUAAAAAGAAAAGUAUCCGACAAUAUGCCCUAUGAGCCCAUGGUCAUUGUUAGACAUUUGUCGAAUUGGUAGGCUAACAGAUUCUGAAAAAUUCCCCUUAAAGUGUCUAGUACCAAAUUCCAAUUACCAAGUACAUACUUAGUACAAUCAUAAUAUUAAAAAUGAACGGAACAAUCGCAAAAAUUAACAUUUAAUUCUCCAGUACUCGAAUUGAGGAGAGUAACGCAGGGGGAUUCCAAAUCUCAAUUAUUUUUUUCAGACUUAUUAGAGUUCCUUUAUUAUUUAUUUAUAGUGGGAUGCUCGGGACGGUAGGUAUACAGGCUGAUAACUCUAUCGUAUUCAUUAUCUCGGAAAGUAUUAACUUUUUUUUAGAAUUUGUUUUAUAGAAAAUUUAAGAAACUAGUAGCUUUAGAAUUUUACAUUUACGUUUUUUUUUGUCCCCCUUAUUUUCAGGAGUAAAACCACUAUCUAAUUUUGGUUUUCAAAUGGCAACAUAUAUUAAAAAUUCCAUAAAUAUUUGGAGUAUUUAUUAAAAUAAAUUUUGGUGUCGACAUUUUUGAUUUCCGUCAAUCUAUUGACGAGAUAUUUCACAUUUAAGUUUAGUUCAAGGGAGAAUAGUGAUGCGUUACUAAUACGCCGCACGCCGUUCCACCAUACAAAUGAUCCUAUGAUCAUUCUAUGACCUCUGAUAACUAUGUUAAAAAUAAGGAGGGAAAUUGUAAGAAAAGACCUUGUAUAUACAAAAUACAUUUUUUUUCGUUCUAGUUUAGUGUUUUGUGUAUGCAAUAGAUACAGUUUAGCUACAAGUUCAAUUUGUUUCUACACAAAAAAUAUGAUUGUAAAAGAAACGAUUUAUACACUAUAGGUAGAUGUAUACUCUCAAAAUAACAGACUUUAAGGAAUAAUAACUUUUUUGCCGUGGAAGUAUUGUUUAAAAAAAAAUUAUCCGUCACUCAUAUAGGUAUACUUUCUGAAGGAUCAUACAUCCUUUAAAUAAUAUACCUGCACCUUUAAAUACAUAGUUUUAUAACCAUUGGGGUUUUCCUGAAAUGCGUAGAAUAACAUUUAAUCUUAAAAAGAAAAUAUCAAAAGAAACAAAAUAAUAUAUGCAAACAUAUAAAAUUUUUCGUUUACAGGUUAAAGAAUAUUGUUUUUCAACUAUAUAAUAUUACUAGCUGUCCCGCGCUCGGCGUUGUCCGUGGUAAUUUUUUUUUUUUUUUAACCCUUAUUCAUUUUUUAUUGGUUUUGGCCGUGUCAAAAUUGAAUGAUAACAAACAGGUGGGUAGUGUGUAGUCCACUUUCGGCGAACUAAAAGUUUUCUAUUGUAAAAUCUUAAUAGUGUAAAUAAUAAUAGGUUAUAAUAAUUUAUUAAAAAAUAAUAAUUAUAUAAUUAUAGUUUUCUUAUCCGCGCGUGACAACCAAAUAUUUUAUCAUCCGUACCAUACCAUCUAGUCAACUUGAGCUUUCAAAAAUGAUGCUAAACGUAAAAAUCUGAGCAAGUAUACUAGGAAAAAGCGUAUCCACAGAUUGGAACAAAGAAGAAAAAAUAAACGGCCUUGUAAAACCAGCAGCUCCCUCGCUACGCUUGGAAUCUAAAAAAAUAAAUAAGAAAUUGGAUAUUUAUAUUAAAUAUACCUAAAAACCACUAUUUUACCACCUUAAGUGUUGAAUUUUCAAAAAUACUUUUAUAGCGAUUGUCAAAGUCAUAACAGCUAUCUGUGUGCCAAAUUUCGGCCUGAUCCGACCGAUUGGGCUAGGUGAUGAUGAAUCAGUCAGUCCGCCGGUCAGUCAUUCAGAAAAUAUUAUUUUAUGUAUAUAGAUUGAUUAUUAUAAGGUUUAUGAAGGUUUUUGAAGAAAUAUUUCUAUCUAUAACUCACUGAUUGUUAUUAUGUAUUUUCUGAAAUUUAUUCCGAUAAUGGAAUCAACUUGAGAAAAAGAAAACAAAAAUGUUAAAUGACUUAAUCGAUAUUAAACAUAACUUAAUUAUGAUGAAAUGGUGAUGGGUAUUGGAUAGAACUGUGUGAUGGGCAAGAAUUAAAGUAUAGUUGGCCCUCGAUAUUGUGUGAUAAAAUAAUAUUUAUUUUUAAGCAUUAGUUUAAAUAAAAAUGUAUUAUUGUUAUUCAAGAUGGUCCGAAGACCGUUUUCAAUAUUAUUUCUGACAACGAUGCCUUGGUUAUAGGUUCAACGCCGGUUCGAUAAUGCUGAAGGGUAGAGACAUACAUCCAUGUUUCUUCCAGGCGGGUUGCGGGUACGACAGCGCUGUAGUAGAGUCCGGCAAUGACAAGGGGCGCCGGCAAACCGACGACAGUAGCACGUCGAAAGGCACCAGAGAAACGUCCAAAGAAGAUCUGUCCAGGUCGGUAUACAAGUCCGCGUCCGCGUAAUAAAAUCAUUUGUUGGUUUUUUUUUUCGCUGGACCGCUCUUACAAUCAACAAUAUUAUUAUAAUUAUUUAUUAGUAAAUGUGUCGAAAUUCUCUCAGAAUCACGAAAUGGAUCCCUUUCAAAAACGAUAAUCAUUAUUAUAUUCUGAAGGUAGAGCCUUGUCGGUGUAACCAAGAUUGUCUGUUCAUUUUGGUUCAUUUUGUUAGAGAAAUUCGAUAGGGUCAUUUUCCUCUAUCGUUUAAGCUGUUGAUCUUAAUAUAUACAGGUUGGUUCAUUCGCCUUUUUAAGGAAGUUUCGCACCUCGAGGAGACGAGAUUGCCCUCUUUACUGAGCUCAUUUACUCCAAGGCCUUUCGACUUUGCAGAGUCGCUUCCUUAUACCAGGAGACUUUCGGUAUUCCUAUUAGUCGCCUUUUACGAUAGAGGGAACAGCUCAUGAUCUUAUUUUAACCAGAGCACCACACUUUUCACACGUGGAAAACGAUAAUACAAUAUUAGUGUACAUAUAUCGCACUGUUGACUCAGCGGAGGUGUCGGAGCGAACGUAAAAGGAUUAACGGUCCUCCUUCGCAAAGCAGUGUCACUACCGCUGCCGCCGUCGUUUGAGUAAAUUCGAGAUAUUUUUGCGACUCAAAUCUCACCGGAUUAUUCGUUCGCGAGUUGCAGUUUUAGCGGCAAUAAUAUAAUAAUAAGGUUCAACGAUUUCGCCUGGUGACAUUAUUCGCAUAGCUGGGUUUUUGAAAGUGAUGCCGCUGACGCUUUUCCUGCCCACUCCCAAAAAUAAUUAAGCAUUACUUUACGCUACUUAUUAUUAUAUUACUUUCGACGGCAAAAUCUUUGACAUUAUCCUUGACGUGGCGUUCAAAUAAAACACUUUGUGUGUUUUACGUGAACAUCGCCCGCAAUCGAGUUAAACAAUUCACCGAAUUAGGCACCUACCUAUACAUAAUAUUAUAGGUUAUUUUAAGUACCUACAUUAUAAUGUGAACUGUUGAGUUGUAAGAACGCGCAACGAGUAAAAUCUUUAAUCGAGUAAUAUUAAUAAAACUCGAGGGACUAACUAAACGAAUUACAAAACUGCUGAUGUAUUAUUACAAUUAAAUCGGUAUGUAUAAUUCAAAAAAAAAAAAAAACGGGUAUCUAUUAUUUCUAACAGUAUGAAAAAAGUUCCCUUUUUGUUUCCAGCGCAUCUAUAUUUACUUAUAUGGUUUUUCGAGAACUUCUAUAGUUAUACACAUAUUUUUAUUUCUGUAUAGUAAAAAAAAUGAAUAACAUAAACCAUAUAAUAUAUAAACAGUGCAGCUAUCAGUGGAUAUCGGAUUUCGGGGUAAACCAUAAGAUAUCGAAGUAUAAAAAAUACAAUAUACAUUAUACAUAACAGUAAUCUUUAUAACCUUUUAAUAUUAAAUAAAAGACUAGCUUAUACUUCAAAAAAAACACCGCAAGAAUAUUCAAAGUAAGCUAUUUAUUUUGUUUAAUGUAAUUUUUAAAAAUAUAUUAAUUUGUAUAUAGGAGUAUUAGAAAGGUUUAACUAAAUUUGUAAUAAAAAUUUAAUCAUAACAGUAAGUUAUGAUGACUUAUUAAUAUUAAGACUAAAAUAAAAAGAGCUGAUACUGCUGAUAGGAAAUUGAGAAGGUAGGAUAAAGUUGUUUAAUUUAUAUCAAUAAGAAACGAUAAACCAUUUCUAAUAAAAAAUAAUUCUGAGCAAAGUUAGUUUAUACACGGUUUGAAGCACCAUAAUAUUUACGAUUUUCAUUAAACCUUAGUCUUCAAAAUAUUGUACAAAAAUUAAAUUUUCGAACAUCUUACCACAUCUAGAAAAUGUAAAUAUAAGUUUUCUGUCAAAUUUUUAGUCUACGAAUAUUUUUCACUGAAUUAAAAUAAAAAACAAAAUUACAAAUAAUGAAACCCUAUUAUUUCCUUAAACUUUUCUGUUUUUUCUACGUUUUUCCGGUUUUGCUCAAUUACUAAGAAAACUACUUGGGAAAUUAAACAACGACUUAUUUACUCACUAAUAAGAUUAAAAAUAUAAUAAAAAAAAAGUCCCUUAUCGUUUUUUGAUUGAGGCAAUGUUUCUGAUAGAAAACAUAAUUAGUACAAAUUAAAAAUAAUAAAAUAGAAACGCCGUAAAUUUGUCAAUUUUUAUUUUAGGUAUUUUUCGGGUUUUUCCCAAUUAUUAUGAAAACUGCUUGAAAAAUCAAAGAAUAAUUUAAUUCAAUUAGCAACUAGAUCCAAAUUUCAAUAAAAAAAUUCACUUGGCAUUUUCGAUUAGGUAAACAAUAUUUCUGAAAAAAAAACAUUGUGCGUAUAAAUUAAAAACAAUGCAAUCGGUAAUGCUGUGGUGCACCGUAUAUAUUUGUCGUUUUUCCUAUGAUUUUAUUUCCGGUUUUUCCAAAUUAUUUUGAAAACCUCUUAGGGUAUCAAAAAAUGACAUCUUGAAUGUACCAACUAGACUCAAAAUGCAAUAAAACAGUUUUCUAUCGUUUUUUCGAUUGGGGCAAGUUUUCUGUUCAAAAAGUUGCGUACAAGCAAAGCUAAGAACACUCUCCCUUACAACAACAUGGUGAAAAUUCAUAUCGAAAUUCAACCGAAAUUCUAUCACUUCAAUCCACCAAUAAAAAUUAUACUUUAGUUUUACAAAUUUGAGCUCAUUCGGACUAAAUAGUUUAAAUGGAAGUAUUAGAGAAAUGUCCAAAAGUAUAGAGAAUAAUAUAUACCUAUACAUUAUAUAAAUAUAUAUAAAUUAUAGGUAUAUAUAGGUUAUAUAUAUAUAUAUAUAUAUAUAUAUAAAUAUAACACACACCAUAGACAACGCUGCAACGGAAUAGCCUCUGUUUUCGGUGAAAAUUCAACAACAAAAUAUAGCGUGUGUAUAACAAACAAUAUAUUAACGAUAGAGCUACCUACCUACACAGGAAGACGAGCACACGACUUUAUUGCUUUUAGGGAAGGAAGGAAAUUUAUUUUAUUCGUGUUUAUUGUUUGCGCGAAAUUUUGUUGAAGUAUUUUACUGGCAGCCGUUUUAUUUCCCUUUGUUUAUGUAGAGUUGUUUCGAAAAAAACAAAAUACGUUAAGUCUUAUUCAUGUUUCAUGUUUCACCGUGGUUUUAUAAGACAUAUUGAUAUAAAAACAUAAUAUUAUAUUAUACCGUGUCUAUAGUCGUGCAACGAUAUUAUCAGCCGGGUAAAAAUACAAAAUUAAAUAUAACUUUUCGAUACUUCAAUGUAAUAACCUGAAUUUUCACUCACUCGGUAUAAACUGGAGUGAUGUGGCACCGUCAAAAAGCACGCAAUACUCGAAUAAAUACAAAAAAUAAAUAUAUGUAUUAUAUAUAUAUUAUAUGUAUACUUAAGUUUCAAACAGCUUAAAAAAAAAAAAAAACAACAAUAAUAAAUUGUACAUCACAAAAUAAAAUUACUGACGGUUAAAAUCAUCGUUUACAAUCUAAAUGUUAAACGAUUUUCACGCACGAAUAAAAUCUGUACAAAGAAUUAUUAUUAUUGCUAUAUAUUAUUACUCCCGACGUCGGGUAUAUUUUGAAUGCGUAAACACGCAACUUUCGUAGUUCAAAACGUUUUGUUAAUAAUAGAUAGUAUGUUAAAAACGUUUAUUGGGUAAUUCAGUUUAAAUAUGUAACAGCGUAACACAUUGCACACGAAAAAUCAACUCUGAGCGGAGUUUAAGAGUAAAAUCGGAAUAUUUUAAGAUAAAAUACUUACGUAAUAUUUUUACAGUGACGGCGAAGCAGGCAGCUGUCAAAUACACGGCCCGCCAUCACACAGUGUAAUUUCCGAUGAGAUGUCCGUAACCGAGAUGACGACAGACUGCAGCAAGAGCUCAAUACUUCUCAGGAGCCCCGGAUUCCUGCACUCAUCCUGCCCGCCGGCCAUGCAUAAGUCGUGUUUCUGCAUCCGGUUCAUAGCGGAACACACGAAAAUCACAGACGACGCGACCAAAGUAACUUAUUCAUCAUCUAAAAACCUAAACUAAAAACUGCAAAAAGAAAAACAUUUCUGCGUGAUGAUGACCAGACAUGGGAAUAUUAUUACAAUCGCACAAUCACUUGGUUAUCUGCUGCGAAAAUUUCAAAAUUUCGAGCGUAUCUCCCUUUUGGAUAUUCUGUAACACGUUACUAUAUGGUAAACCAUCACAUCGUUACUGUCCGUAAAAUCAUUUUUCGUAACGCAUACACACGAAGAAUUGAAAUAAAAACUAUGAAUACAAUUUUUUUAUUAUCUCGAAUUUAAUUAAAUUUUCUCUCGGACGACCGGUGAAAUGUUACGUCACCACUGACACAGUCCCGUCAAUUUCAUUCCGUAAUAUAGUCUCAUCGGUUUCCAUUGUGUUUCGGUAUCGGAUCCGGAAAUAGUUAUCCAAUAUUUGGAUUAAAAACCACGGGAGACCUAGUGCAGAAUUGUCGCCAUACUCGGCCAUAAUAAUAUACGCGUAUUGUGUGUCGCUUAUAGUAUUUUCAAACCGUUUUCAAGUUUGCGAUAUUUUAAGAACCUAUUUAUAACCGUAUCCGCCCAUUUAACGUGUUGUCUGGCCGUAAACCCGACAGAAACUUACCUAUUAUAGAGAACUAUAGAAACUAUAAUAGUAGUCUAUCCCGUUCGGGAAAGUGUACACUGCAGAAGUAUAGUAAUAAAUAGACAAACGCAACACGCAGUUAUUAUAUCGUUAGAAACGAAAAUAUAAUAAAAGCCGGCUGUGCGGUUUCUCUCGCGGGAUAUAGAAUCUAUUGGGCGCGUGUUUCUGAACGUGAUGCCUCGAGAUAUUCCCGACGUUUUAUACCCAAAUGGCUUGCACUCCGGGGAUCGCUUUCCGCCGUUGUCGUUACAAAUCGAACCGACUUUGUUCUAUCGGUUCGUAAUUCAAUCAUCGUUCCGAAUUUUCCGUUAAUAUAGCAUGUACAUUGUACAGAAUGAUUACUUUGUCAACGAAGAUUUUCAACAUUUCACCCGAAUAGGUACCUACCGGCAAAACACACGUUUUUAUUUUUGAAAAUUAAUUCUUAAAAUAUAAAAAUACGAUCAUUGUAUUUCUACGCUAAAAUGGGUGUAUAUUUUUUAUUUGUUUUAACGCCAAGUUAAAUUGUUAAAUUAUAAAUGUAUCGCAAUAAUUUCGUAGUUAUGUAUGUUUUUAUAAUACAAAUCGAUAAUUUUCAUUAAUGUUUGAAUUCUACGUUUUUACGUAAAAAGUUUAUGGGGUAAGCAUUUUUUUUUUUUUUUUACACCCAAUAAUAUUAAUUCGUGGAAGUCUCUACUGAAAACAUAUUUUAUAAUGCAUUUUUUAAUCACUUUAUUUUACUUAUAAUAUAUAUAUAUAUAUAUAUAUAUAUAUAUAUAUAUAUACAUUAAUCAAAUACUUUUCAUGACAUUUUAGGUAUAUUAUUAUUAUUUUUUUAAUUAUUUAUAAAUAAUGAUGAAAUGUUUUUAAAAUAUCGUAAAACAUGAUUAUUAAAUGAUUUUGUAAUGUCUAAAAAUUUCAAGUCUCUUCGGAAUCAUUUGAUACAUACAGAAUUUUGAUACCUUUUGGGGAGACCUUGUCUUCCCUAGCCCCCCCCCUAUCACCACCAAUAUUGUUUAUGAUAAAAUAAUCAUGCUGUAUUUCGUAAUUUUUGCAGGUAAAAGAAGAUUGGAAGUACGUCGCUAUGGUCUUAGACAGGCUGUUCUUGUGGAUAUUCACUUUGGCCGUGUUCGCGGGCACAGCUGGUAUUAUUUUGCAAGCGCCUACACUGUACGACGAUCGGAUACCGAUUGACAAAAAGUUCAGCGAAUAUCAAACGUAAGUAUAAAAAUAAAAAAUAAAAUAAAAAUGACCAUAAUAAUGACGUUAAAACGUCAGUCGUAAUAAUUAGAUGUAUUGACAGUUUCCAAGCGGAUUUAUAUUGCAUAAUAAAAUUAUAUAUACCGGGGAAAACGAGAUUUUUGAGAUUGAUAUAAUAUGCCUCGGGAAACGUUUUUAAUUUUUACGAGGACAUCGAAUCUGCAUUUGCUACAAAUAUCUUUCUAAUGAGCAACUUAUGUAACCGAAAUGUGCUUUCAUAAUUUUACUUUAAAUUAAAGUGCUCAACCAUUGUCAUAACUAAACGUUAUUUUGGUGCCAAAAUAAAUAGGUAUAACACGUUUUUUUGGUGUUGAUAUUAUUGUCCAAACUAAUUUGUAUUUAGAUAUCACAAAUUUCAGCUUUAGAUGAAUAUUUGCCCAUUUCAAAAAAACUAUUUUUCGCUUUGCUUGUGAAGAAAUAUAGACAUGUAAAAUCAAUAUUUAUCAAGUGAGAUAUUUUAAUGGGUACUUAUUUGAAAUUAUGCAUGGAUGGAUGGGCUUUUUAAAUAUUAGCUGCUUAUGGAUAUGCACACAGGUUUACGCAGAAAGAGAUUUUUUGAAAACAAAACCUUUUUCGUUUUUGAGUAUGGAAUUUUGAAUAGAAAGGGGAGAGUAGUCUCAAGAAGAGUUCUUGGGGAAUCAUACUGAGUUACCGAAAUUAAAAUAGUAUCAAAAUGAUUUUUAGGACUAACGUGGUCCGAAUACGUAUACUAUUGAAAAUACGAAAAUAAAUCUUUGUUAAAUGAUUUUUUGUUAGAUAAUAUUAUAGCACCUGCAAAUUCAAUGUUCUCUAAAAAAAAGGCAUUAUUAAAAUAAUGUGUAGAUUUAAAAAAAAAUGUUUAGCUCUUUAUAGGAUUUCACGGGUCAUAUUAAUAUUAUCGAUUCAUUGAAAUAAUUAACAGUAAAUAAAUUAUUAAAAUUCGUUUUCAUUGAGGGCAAUGUUCAAUUAUAUUACUGUAGUAUGUACCUGUAGUUUGUAUCGUAUACUAAAUGAUAAAUUUCUUUUUCACAGUCGGAUUAUAUUAAAAAAUAAUCGAAUCGGUUUAAAAAUUAUAAUAACGAUGAUAAUAUAAAAUUAUUUAUAAUUAAUAUUUUACCACGAUAUUAUUAUGCGAAUAAUAUUAAUCCGCUUUGAAAUAUUUCAAUAAUAAUGAAAAAAAAACAAAAAACAAAAACAUUUUACUUGCAGAUCACCUAGCAUAAGGAAGCGACUGAAGAUAGGACGUUAUUGAAAUAAAGUAUAUAUUUAUAGGUACUUAAAACAAAAAGCAUGAUAGCAGGAAUUAAAUUUAUAUUCCUGCAAUAUUUCCAAAUCAUUACUACUAGUUUUUCUUAUACCUACAGUAGAUUCGUCGAAAGUAUACCUACUCACCCGCCAUGCCAUACAUGUACACAGUUUUGAUUUUUUUCUCUAUAGGUACAUUAUAAAUCUAAUUUGACAUAUAAUAUGUAUCAUAAUAUUUUUGUUGCAUUUUAACGUUCACUGGUAUAUUAUUGUAUCUAACUAGCUGUUGUACGGUACCGUUUUUGUCUAUCGCGAACACAAACGGUUUUACAAUCUGUGUAAUUGAUAUCUAUUGAAGUAUAUUUAAAAUAAGUUUUUUUUUUUCAAACACAUUUAUUGCACACACAUAUCUUAAGUAUAAUUAUGAUUUUUAUUCAACGUGUAGAUAUUUACAUUUAUUAGGAUAUAUAUUGUUUUUAGCAUUUCUGAACACUUCACGUGUUCAUCGGGUGCAAAAUACAGUAUGUGUAUAGAAUUUUUUUUGUUUUUUUACCAGAUUUUAUGACAGUUACAAGCUGUUAUAGAACGUAAAAUCUGCAAAAUAAGUGCUUAGAAAUUACUUACUAAAACUCAAGUUAGGAAACAAGAACCUUAAUGAGUGUUCACUAUGGUGAUAAUAGGUGAAUUCUCUCGUCUAUAUUUCAAUUUUAAACUGUUGUAAUUCAUAAACGGUAAAACUGAUAUUAGUGUCACACAUAGGUAUAAACAUUUGUAAACAAAUAUUCUCUAUUCAAAUCUGUGUUUAAAGGGAGAAGGGAGAAUAAUUGAAAAUCACAAGUGUACGCUCAUUUAAGAUGCAAGUAUUAGGGGUUGAAAAUAGAAAAUAAUGUGAAAAUAAACCUAUACAGAAACAAAAUUUAUUUAAAAUUCUCACCCGUAUAUUUAUAGUUUUACAAUUUUAAACCUAUUGCAGUCGGAUAGCAAAUUAUUAGCAAGUUUGUUUGAUAGCCGAUAAAAAUCUCUGAAUAAUUUUGUUUUAUAAAACGUUGAACCAUGUUCAAGUUAAAUUUUUAACCGGUAAGAAAACACCGCGUAAUCAACCGACUGUGUAUAAAUUUCAUUUUUGUACGUCGCGCAUCGUCGCUGAGUUAGCCCAGCGGUGUUAUUGUAACCCCACCGAAUAGGUCACCUACGUAUUAUUAUUAUACGAGUACGUUUAUUAUAUCCUAAGUAUUAUAUAUAUACUCUUAUCCUUAAAAAAAUAAUAAUAAUAAAACCGACACCGACAAAAUUGAGACAAUCUGAAUAAUAUAUGCCUACACAUUUUAUUAUUGUAUUUUGUUCACCGUGUUUACAAUCCAUACUAUUGUAUAGAUGCGCGAGGGCAGGAAAACAAAACAAUAUCCGGAACAAGAACACCGGAUUUUGAAAAAUGUUGCAUACUUACGCUGUAUCACGCUAUUUUAUAUUAAAUUUAUUCCUUUUUUUUUUAGUGAAAUAUUUUUAGGGUAAACGUGUUCAAUGAUAAAAUGUUCUGUGACCGCUUUAUUGUGGUGCAGUUAUACGUAUUCACAGAUAGAAUCUCACGGUUGUUAGUUGAGAUUAUUCCUUUAUGAAUUCGGAUUAUGGAAUUUUUUAAUUUUAAAUGUUUUUUAUUUAUUUUUAUAAAAUAUAUUCGCAAAAUCAUUUAUUUGACACAUUCGCUUAUUGCAGCAGUAUACUUAUUUUAUAUUUUAAUAAUAUUGUAUAACAAAUUCAAUUACAGUAUUUCCAUAUUCGAUUUCGAUAAACAUUUAACAUUUUUCCAUCAAAAUCUACCAUUUGCAAUUAUUGCAGGUUUAGUCGAUGAUAAAAAAAAAAUACAUACAUCAGUAUUAGUAUAGGUUUAUAUUUUCGUAAUAUCCCAUUUCCCGAUACGGAAAAUUAUUAUUUUUAAAUGCAAACAAAUAUUACUAUAUUAUGUUUAUUUACAUUUUGUUUUAUAUACUAAAUUAUUAUUAAUACUAUCAAUUAUUAUUAUCAUUACUAUUUUAUUUUUAUCAUAAUAUUAUUGUCACCCGCACGCGGGUUGUGUCAACGUUCCAACCGCCCAGAGAAGUGGUAAUAUUUUAAAAUUUUAAAAUUUUUGGAAGAGGGGGAAGGGAACUAAUAAUAUUUAUUUAUGUAAAUAUUAAAAUUGGAAAAAAUUCAAAAAAAGUUCAAUGUGAAAAAAUGUGAACAUUCUAUUGCGUUGUCUCCUGGUCGACUAUACGUGAAUACAGUGAAUGUUCGUAAUUAUUCGACGCGAAAAACCCAAACAAAUUUGUUUGAUCACGUUCGGGGCCGGAUUCGAUAUACCGCGUUAAUAUCGCCGUAUAAGAUAAUAAUAAUAUCACUGAAACUCGCCGUGCCCGUUUUAAAAGACUCGAGACCAUAUCGUUCCGUCAUCGUUACAGUAAAUAUUAUAUAUAGUGGUUCGGAAAAAUAAUAAUAAGUCAUCUUACAUAACGCUGCACUUAGACGUCGAGUGACAAUAUCCGUCGACAUAAUAUUGUUUGCACCCGUUGAAAUAUUUUUCAAAACGCCGUACGCAACGUAUCCUUCGUACACACAUAUACGCAUAUAAUAUCAAUUUUCCAACAGUAAUAACAAUAUUACACUAUGUCCAUAUUGACACGUUCCGCACGAUAUCAUAUUGCAAUAAUAUUGCAUCUGGGUUUUGUUAUUAUGACAAAUACAAAAAGGCAGUAAUUUUUAUUUUUUUUUUUUUUCGAGAAUACUGCGAACUUCUAAUGCUUCUCUCUGUAUGUGUUAUUAUAUUUUAUGACUUUCCUGCGGGGCGUAUACUUCAAUACUUAUUUAUCUACUUUAAUAAUUAUUCUUAACACUAUCGUUUGUCCGCCUAGACGAUAAAAUUAUUCGGGUGGUACGCUGUCGGUAUAUCCUUACAUAUUUACGAUCAUUUAUAAUAAACUUAACGUUGAGAAUUCGAUACAUCGAGUUAACCACGGAAAAAAAAAAUUUCCGCCCUCCGUCCAAAAGUGUAUUAUUGAGGUAGGUAUAAUUUGAAAAAAAAAAAUGGUAUAUUUGGGGCGAUUGCUAAUUUUGUUUCUAAAAAAUUUAGUUAACUAUUAAUUUAAUAAUUUUUUUGAUUUUGCUGAUUAUUAUUGUUAUUAUUAUCUAUUAAAUUUAUUUUGCACAUAAUUACAUAUUUUGAUGUUAAAAGAAUAUAUUGAUAUAAAACCACGUGUUUGCAUAUUUUACUAAUAUUUUUAGAGUAUAUUACAAGCGUAUAUUUAAAUUUUUAAGAGAAAAAAAACAUCAUAUUCUUGCUAUUUGAGUGGUGUUUUCCCUGACAAUUGGAAAAUCUGUUCCAUUAUUCCGAUUUUAAAAUCUGGCGACCCAUCGAACGUCACCAACUACCGUUCUAUAUAUAUUCCACCUCAACUAGGCGAAAUUUUCGAACUAAUUGUGUUUAACAAUAUUAAAAGAUCAUUUAAUCAUGUUUUAAUUGAUGAACAACACUAUUUCCAUCAUGGUAAGUUAACAAUUAGUAACAGUGUUGUCUUUACAACCUACAUUAGCGAUUGCCUUGAGGUAGGCAAUCAGGUUGAUGUUAUUACUACUGACUUUAACAAAGCAUAUGAUACAGUCGACCACGAACUAUUAAUUAACAAAUUAGAAUGCUUGGGUGUUGGCAAUCCAUUGUUAUCCUGGUUUAAAUCAUACAUCACUGGCAGGAAACAAUUUGUUUCUGUUUCGGGCUCCUGUUCUGAAAUGUAUGCUGUUUCUUCAGGUGUUCCUCAGGGUGGCCACCUUAACCCAUUAUUAUUCUUUCUUUUUGUUAACUCCUUAUCCCAGUGGCUUACACAAGUUAAAAUACUGCUUUAUUCUGACCAUAUAAAAACAUUUCAUCAAGUUCGUUGUCCUGAUGAUUCUUUACUGCUCCAGAGCGAAACUAAACAUAUUCUCUAA